AUGAGCUCUACAACGGCCGAUUUCGUCCCCGACAUUGUCGAGCAGCUCCUGCUCGUGGACGCGAAUGUCAGCCAAGCCAGAGUGUUCAACCUCGCUAGAAACGACGACGAAGCGCUGUGGGCCGUGGCCAUCGCUCUCGAGAAGGAUGACGAGACGGAGCAGCCCGUGGCCGGCGCCGUGGUCAAGCAGAUCCGGAAGAAGCUGGUGGCGGCCAUGAAGGUCGGCGACAAGAAGAUGCGCGUCCCGAAGAAGUGGUUCGUCCUCGAUGAGCUCCCCGUCGACGAGGUCGGGAUCAUCGACGACGAGCAGCUCCGGCUGGCCUUGAACCCGGACGAUUACUCGGGCAUUUCGACAGAGGAGACGCUGAGGAGCAUCGUCGCAAAGGUCCUGCGCUUGUCUCUGGCGGAUGUACCGGCCUCGGCGUCCUUUGUCCGACUAGGAGGCGAUUCGAUUACCGCCAUUGAGAUCAUGGCGCGCUGCCAGACGGCGAACAUUACCCUGCGCGUCCGUGAUAUCAUGCGGAGCGAGAGCUUGACCGAGCUCGCCAGCUUGGCGCAAAACCCGACCGAUCAACUCGCUGCGACCGGCGCCACCACCGACGCCGCGCGCGAAGCUCUCACGACCGAAACACUGCAAUACUGGGAAGCCCCCGAGGAAUGGUUCACGCCUGACCACCGGAGCCAGUCCCAGGCGAUCCUCUCCACCAUGACCGCCGAGCGCCUGCGCGAAAGCUGCCACAGUGCCUCGCGGGUGUCGCCCGCCGAGGUGUGUCUGGCGGCCGUGCAGCAGUCGUUCCAGGCGACCUUUAGCGACCGCCAGAACCUGGCCGCCCUAUUUUCGUCCCCUGAGCUUGCUGAUUUGGGGCCUGUGGCCACUGAACAGUCGCUGUCUGCGACGGCUGACUUUGCGACGGCGAUCCGUCGCGCCAAGGACUCAGUUGCGCGCGCUCAACCUCUGGGCGCCAGCGUUCCUUCCGUGGAGCUGUCUGUUUCGUAUGUGGACGAGAGCAGCUCUGCUGUGUUUUUGAGCAACACUGUACAUGAUGAUGUCCAUGCGAAUGGUAAUGGACACGCGAACGGGAAUGGCCGUACCAACGGAAACGGUCAUGGGAAUGGCAACACCAACACCAAAACUCAGCCCAAUGGACAUGCAAACGAUACCAACACCCAACCAAACGAGCCAAAGUCGCUGUUCCGCCUCAAAUUCACCGUCCGGACCUGGGGCGACCUCUUGAUCGAGCUCGACUACCCCAAGAACUUGGCGCGCCAGAGCGACAUUCUGAAGUGGCUUGAGCAGUGUCGAGGAAUCCUGGAAGCCGGAAUCCCGCUGCUCGCGCAGGCGUUUCCCAUCUACUCGCUUUCGGACUUCCCUCACCUGCCGCUCUCCUACUCGGAACUGGACAGAUUCGUGAGCGCUACUAAGAAGUUCGGCUUCGACGCGAUCGACAAGGUCUACCCAACUUCGUCUGUCCAGGACGGCAUUUUGCUUGCCCAGGUCCGGUUCCCCGAUCUAUACCGAAUCGACUGUAUCUUCGAAGUCACCCACUCGAAAUCGGCUGCGCGCGUCGAUCUGGAUAUUUUGGAACAUGCUUGGAGCGAUGUGGUGGCUUACCACGCCACGCUCCGCACCGUCUUUACCUCGAGCGCGCGCGACGGCGCCAUGUUCGACCAAAUCGUCCUCAAGAACGUUGACCCCGAAGUCAAGAGGCUAGACACCGCUGGAGACUCCUCAACGGCCAUCGAAGCCCUCCGCGCGCGCAAGGAGGCUUCCUUUGUGGAUGAUCGCCCGGCGCAUCUGCUCACCAUCUGCGCUACGACCGACGGCCGCGUCCACUGCAGGCUCGAGAUCAGCCACGCCAUCAUGGACGGAAUGUCUGGAGCUGUCGUGUUCGAGGAUGUUUGCCGUGCGUACUCGGGCCGUCUGUCGGAUGCGCCCGCGUCCGACUUUGGCGACUACAUCGCCUAUCUGCAGAGCCAACCGAAGGGGCCUUCUCUGGAAUACUGGGUCAACUUCCUCGACGGCGUCCAGCCCUGCCAUUUCCCCGCCUUGAUCGACCAGGUUGCCGGCCCUUCGAAGAUGAAGAGCGUGCCCGUGGAUAUCAGCUCCAAGGCGCUCAAGAGCUUCUGCAUGGCCCACGGCAUCACCGGCGCCAUGCUCCUGCAAGCUGUGUGGGGUCUCGUCUUGCGCGGCUACACCAUGGCCGACGAUGUCAGCUUUGGCUUCCUCGCUUCCGGCCGUGAUGUGCCCGUCGCUGGCGCUGACUUCAUGGUUGGCCCUCUGAUCAACCUCUUGAUCUGCCGCAUCACCUUUGACAAGAUGAAGACGUUUGAGGAGCUCUUCGCCAACCUCAAGACCCAGCUGAAUGCUGCCAUGGACAACCAAAACGCCUCGCUCGCCGAGAUCCAGCACGUGGUGGCCCCCGGCAAGCGCCAGAUCUUCAACACUCUGCUGUCUAUCAUGUACUCGAUGCCUGAAGAGUCUACCAGCGAGACUGAGGUCAACGUCGAGGGAAUUGUCAACUACGCCCCAACCGAGUACGACAUCACCCUCAACAUUGACUUUAGCUCGGACAAGAUGACAAUGUCCUUGGACUACUUCACUUCCAUCAUGUUGGAUUCUCACGCACGCAGCUUGGCUGCCUCAUUCACAAAGGUCAUGGACAUGAUUCUGAACAGCCGUUCGAAGACGUUGGCCGACGUCAGCGCCAUCAGCCAUCUCGACAUGGCUGAAAUCGUCACUGAUAAUGAGCUGUUCCCUACUGCUGAAUCUUGCUCGCACUGGCAGAUCCAAGAGCAGAUCAAAACCAGCCCCGAUGCCCCCGCCGUAAACUCCUGGGACCGCGACUUGACGUACGCCGAAGUUGGCUUCUUCGCUUCCCGCCUCGCGUGGAAGUUGAAGCAGCUCGGCGCCGGUCCUGGCACGGUGAUCCCGACCUGCUUCCCCAAGUCGGCGUGGGCCAUCGUUUCCAUGGUGGCGGUGAACAUGGCCGGCGCGGCCUUUGUCCCUCUUGAUCCUGGCGCGCCGGAGCUGCGUCUGCAGGGCAUCGUGCAAGACACCGGCGCAACCAUUGCCCUCGCCGCGCCUGCUUGUGCGGAGAAGCUGGCUAAUGUGGCAGUUGAGGUCUUCGUCGUCGACGAAGCGAAGCUAUCUCAAUUGCCGCCUGCGCCCGCGGCCGGAGUUGUCUCUGCGGUUCGACCCCAGGACCCAGCUUUCGUCAUCUUCACCUCUGGUAGCACAGGACGGCCCAAGGGUAUGGUCCACCAGCACAGCAGUAUCUCCUCUACGGCUGCGGCAUACGGCGGAUCACUUCAGGUCGGACCGGGCACACGAGUGUUCCAGUUCUCGGCCUACACUUUCGAUAUUGGUAUUCUGGACACGCUGGUCACACUGAUGCGUGGUGCUUGCGUCUGCGUUCCCUCAGACCACGCCCGUGUCAACGACCUGGCGGGUGCCAUCAACGCCACCAAGGCCAACUGGGUGUUCCUGACGCCCACUGUGGCGGAUCUCCUGCAUCCGUCUGACGUACCAACGUUUAAGACGGUCAUUCUCGGAGGUGAAGCCGUGCCGAAGAAGCUGGUCGAGCGUUGGAAGGAUCAUGUCCAUGUCCACGCCAUCUACGGACCGGCUGAGGCAUCGUGCUGCGCCUGGAACCCAACUGUAAGUACAGCCCCCAAAUCUACUAACCUCGGAAGACCUUUGUGUAGUGCCUUUUGGGUUGUCAACCCUACGAACCACCGGGAACUGUUGCCCAUUGGCUGCAUUGGUGAACUCCUGAUUCAAGGACCUAUGCUCUCGACUGGGUACCUGAAUGUCGACGCCAAGGCAGCCGCCAACUUCCUCGAGGAAGUUGACUGGGUUCCCAAUAAUGGUUACGGAUUUACCAGAGCCUACCGCACCGGCGACUUGGUGCGCCGAAACCCUGACGGCACGUUCGACUACAUGGGCCGCAAGGACACCCAGAUCAAGCUGCACGGCCAGCGAAUCGAAUUGGGAGAAAUCGAGACUCGCCUGAACGAGUUCAUCCCUCAGGACAUGGGUGCGGUGGUCGACGUGCUCUCCCUCCAGCCCAGCAACCGGAAAGUACUGAGUGCUUUCCUCUGGUUCACCGAGGGCCCCAAUUUCGAGAACACGAGCGUGCAUCUCGCCGACACUCUCACCGACGAGAUGCGACAGACCAUUACGCAUCUGAACACCUCCAUCACCACUACCCUGCCCGCCUACAUGAUUCCGUCCGUAUGGCUCGUUUUCCGCGGCAGGCCCCACCAGAACGCCUCGGGAAAAGUCAGCCGCCGGCAUCUUGUCGAGUUCGGCCAGAGCAUUCCCGCAGACGAGGUUCUGAAGUUCUCCCUCGGCGCAGUAAAGACUGAGCCGCCUACAACGGAGAUGGAGCUUCGGCUGCGAGAUAUGUGGGCUGAGGUUCUUCACUUGCCGCAUGAGGAGAUUGGCAAGAACGAUAGCUUCCUCCAGAUCGGCGGUGACUCCAUCGCGGCCAUCCAGCUGGUCUCGUUGGCGAUGCAGCAGGGCAUUACUCUGACAAUCGCAGAGAUCUUUGAGGAUUCUCGCCUCUGCCAUAUGGCCGCCACCGCUGUUUUGGAGGAGGAGGGUGAGACCUAUGAGGCGAUUCCUUUCAGCCUUCUCAAGAGUGGCGAGAUCAACUCGGUCAAGGCAGCCGUUCAGGCUCAGUGUGGCCUAUCGACCCAGCAGGACAUCGAGGAUAUAUAUCCCUGCACAAGUUUCCAGGAAGGUCUUAUGGCCCUGGCUGUUAAGCAGCCUGGAUCCUACAUCGCCAAGUACUUCUACCGCAUCCCCGAGCACAUCGACACCGCUCGCUUCAAGACUGCGUGGGAGCGGACUGUUGACCUUUGCGACAACCUGCGCACGAGGAUCAUUGCUUCAAACGGCACCUCUUACCAGGCCAUUGUCAAGGACGAGCCUGCCUGGGUCUCCACAGACGGCCUUGAGCUGCAGGCUGUCUUGGACUCUGCAAGGACCAACUCCGAGAUGCGAUAUGGCUCGCGUCUGUGCCACUACGCCCUCGUUACGGAAAAGACCGGAGAGCGCUAUUUCGUACUCAUUAUCCACCACUCUGUCUUUGACGGCUGGAGUCUGAACGUCAUACUUGAAACCCUCUACAGUGUGUACCACAGAGAGGCUACUCAAGAGCUGAAGCCGUAUUCCAGCUUUAUCAACUACAUUGCGCAACUUGACCAGACUGAAGCGGGCGCAUACUGGAAGAGUCAGCUCGAGGGUGCUCAGCCGUCUACAUUCCCCCGCGUCGACACCAAGGCCACCUCCAAGGCAGCCAGUUGCGUGUCCAGGACGAACAUCCCCUUCAAGCAGUUGGGCAACGGCGCUAUUACCAAGGCCACUGUUCUUCGAGCCGCUUGGGCUAUCGUCCUGGCCAGGUACUGUGAUGCCGAAGACGUCUGUUUCGGCACCACUGUCUCUGGUCGUCAGGCCUCAGUCACCGGCAUCGAAAAGAUGGCCGGCCCGGCUGUCGCGACUGUUCCUAUCCGAAUUCGCCUAGACAAGGAACAGAAGGUGUCGAGCUUCCUUCAAGAUGUGCAGCGCCAAGCCACAAAGAUGUCCGAGUACGAGCAGUUUGGUCUGCGCAACAUCUCAAAGCUCGGUGAGGACGCCAAGGAGGCUUGUGACUUUUCCAGCUUGCUGGUUAUCCAGCCAGUGUCGAGGCUGGCCAACACCAAUGGCUCUUCCAAAGCCGUCUUGGUCUCCCAUGGGUCUGAGCAAUACGAAGAGGAGGGAGCGCUGGAGGGUUACUUCACGUACCCAUUGGUCCUCCAGGGUUUGACAUACGACGACCACGUCGAACUUCUGCUCAUUUACGACCCGGCUAUUGUGCCUGAAGCCCAGAUCCAAGCCCUGUCGCACCACUUUGACCGCACCGUGCAGCAGCUCAUUGCGCACGAGGAUUCCAUUCUUGGUGCGAUGUCUAUCACCAGUGACUUUGACCUGGUCAAGGCAUUCGACUACAACCGCGAAGAAACCGAGAUCCUGCGCACCACUGUGCACAGUCUUGUUGAGAGGCAGUCGCAGAUCCGACCUGACGCAUCCGCUAUUAAUGCCUGGGACAGCCAGCUGACUUACUCUCAACUCAAUGCUUCCGCAAAUCGGUUGGCCCACCAUUUGAUCAAAACCGCCCAGGUUCUUCCCGGCGAUCUUGUUCACGUUUGCUUCGAGAAAUCAGUCUGGUUCUUUGUUUCUAUUCUGGCUAUCAAUAAAGCCGGCGGCGCUUGGGUUCCCCUAGAUCCCUCGCAUCCUGCCCAGCGCCAACGCCAGAUUGUGGACCAGACCCGCGCAAAGCUGGCUUUGGCGUCCCCUACUACAGCUGCUAAGUGUAUCGACUUGGUCGCUGAAGUAGUUGAGGUCUCGGCUUCGUUGGAUAACCAGCUAAUUGCCGACGUCGGUCGCGAUCCUCCGGCUCCUGUGUGCGAGGUCACCCCAGACCACGCUGCCUACAUCCUAUUUACGUCUGGUAGCACAGGUACCCCGAAGGGUCUGGUAAUGCAGCAUGGUGCUGUAUGUACCAGUCAGACUGCCAUUAGCAGACAGCUGGGUCUGACUUCUCGAGUCCGAAUCUUGCAAUUUGCCUCCUUCGUCUUCGACCUAUGUAUCGGCGAAAUUAUUGCCCCGCUGAUUUCUGGAGCCACCCUCUGUAUCCCUUCAGAGGAAACCCGGAUGAAUGGUCUGAAGGACUUUAUCAAUGAUAUGGCAAUUAACUGGGCCUUCCUGACCCCGGCCUUUGUCCGUACCCUUCAGCCUGACGAUGUUCCUGACCUUGAGCUUCUCCUCCUUACAGGUGAAGCCGUCGGCAGGGACGUUUUCGAGACCUGGGUUGGCAAGCUACGCCUCGCCACGGGCUGGGGCCCAGCUGAGACCUGCGUUUUCAGUACCCUCCACGAAUGGAAAACUGCAGAGGAGUCGCCGCAGACUGUAGGACGCCCUGUUGGUGGUUACUGCUGGAUCGUUGAUCCCCAAGAUCCCCAGAAGCUGGCCCCAAUAGGUUGCGUCGGCGAAGUCGUUAUCCAAGGUCCUACCAUCCUGCGUGAGUACCUGGCCGACCCAGCCAGAACUGCCAUGUCAACUGUCAAUUCCCUGCCUGACUGGGCACCUCGCCGGACCUCGCCGUCUUACGGCCGCUUUUUCAAGUCUGGUGACCUUUGCUAUUACAACCCAGACGGCACGAUUGAGUUCGUAAGCCGAAAGGAUACGCAGGUCAAGAUUCGUGGUUUACGUGUGGAAUUGGGCGAAGUCGAGCAUCACUUACGAGCUGCCCUUGGCGGCGUCCGGCAAAUCGUCGUCAACGUCCUUAAGGGCGAUGCCGGAAGCAGCCUUGCGGCAUACUUUUGCUUCAACGAUGAGACGCGCAUUCUGACUGGAAGCGUUGAGUCUAAUGUCGACAACGUCUUGCUUCCACUUACAGCCGACCUUAAGAGUCAGAUUGCUGCCGCAGUCGGACAAUUGAGCAUCACGUUGCCCAACUACAUGAUCCCGACAGUCUUUAUUCCCUGCCGCUUCAUGCCCUCUAUCACUUCAACCAAGUUGGAUCGGGGUGGUCUUAACCGUUUAACUUCCACCCUCAGCUGGGACGCCCUAGCCCGGUACUCGCUUGUGGAUAGUGAAAAGCGAGCUCCUGCCACCCCCAUCGAAUUCCAAUUGCAAGGCAUCUGGGCCGAGAUCCUGAAGAUUCCUAGGGAAUCUAUUGGCCGCGAUGAUAGCUUCUUGAGAAUUGGCGGCGACUCCAUCACAGCUAUCCAACUCGUCACUAUGGCGAGGGACGCUGGCCUGAUGAUUAGCGUCAAGGAAGUCUUCGAUGACCCUAGGCUGUCAGCUGUCGCUGCCUGUGUUGUCGAAGGCGAGGAAGAUUUCUCACAGUCAGAACCUUUCAGUCUGCUGCCCAGCGGCGAGGUUGAUAUCAUCAAGCGCGCCGUUAGAGACCAGUGUGGCCUUUCUGGCGACUCGGAAAUCGAGGAUGCCUACCCCUGCACUAGCCUCCAGGAAGGUCUCAUGGCUCUGGCCGUCAAACAGCCUGGCUCUUAUAUCGCCAAGAACAUUUAUCGCUUGCCCGAUGGUGUCGAUAUUGGUCGCUUCAAGUCCGCCUGGGAGCGCACUAUCGAGAUCUGUACCAAUCUGCGCACGAGGAUCGUGAUCCAGGACGGCGUCACUAUCCAGGCUGUCAUUCCCGAAGUGGUUGACUGGGAGUCUACGAACGGUCUUGAGCUCAGCGAUUUCCUCGAGUCUGCCAAAUCGAUUCACAUGCAAUACGGGUCACGCCUCUCCCGUUAUGCCCUGAUUUCGGAGCCUAAUGGCGACAAAUACUUUGUGUUCAUGGCACAUCACGCUGUAUUUGACGGCUGGAGUCUGAACGUGGCCCUCAGCACGCUAUACAGCGUGUAUCGAGAUGGGUCUGUUCCGGAACUCCGUCCUUAUGCCGAUUUCAUCAGCUAUGUCACCCAGAUUGACCAGCCCGCCGCUGGUGCAUACUGGAAGGAUCAGCUCGAAGGUGCGCAGCGCGCUACAUUCCCUCGAGCUGAUGCUGCGGCUGAUGUCAAGCCGGCCAGCCGUGUGAUGAAGACCAAGAUUUCGUUCCCUGAGUCAACGGAUAAUUCCAUUACCAAAGCUACGAUCCUCCGUAGUGCUUGGGCUAUGGUUCUCGCUAAAUAUUGUGACUCUGACGAUGUCUGCUUUGGAACAACGGUCUCUGGUCGCCACGCAGCUGUUUCCGGCAUCGAUAAGAUGGCUGGACCGGCUGUAGCUACAGUCCCAGUCCGAGUUCGUCUUGGUGCAGAUCAAUCUGUGACCAACUUCCUCCAGGGUGUGCAGCAGCAGGCUGUAGAGAUGGUCACAUACGAACAAUUUGGCCUUCGCACUAUUGCCAAGGUCAGCUCCGAGGCUCACGAAGCCUGCGAGUUCUCGAGCUUGUUGGUCGUCCAGCCAGUGCAGCACGAGUUCACUGCGAGCGAUGAAACGGACAUGAUGCUGCUUUCCUCCGUGUCGGAGAUGUACGAGGAGGAGGCAUUGGAGGGCUAUUUCAGCUAUCCCUUGGUCAUCCAAGGACUCACACAUGACAAUCACGUUGAGCUCCUGCUUAUCUACAAUCCCAAUGCCAUUCCCGAGCAACAGAUCCAGGCGCUAUCCCACCACUUCAACCGCGCCGUCCAGCAACUUCUCACAGAGCAAGACGCACAGCUCAGCGCGCUUUCAAUAGCCAGUGAGUGGGAUCUCACCAAGGCUCUCGAAUACAACACAGAGGACCCUGAGAUCCUCCGCACUUGUGUUCAUCAACUGUUCGAGGCACAGGCCCGCCGCCGACCACACGCAAUUGCUAUCCAGGCUUGGGACGGCCGUUUGACCUAUUCACAGCUGGAUAGUGCGGCCAAUCGACUCGCUACCUAUCUUGUGGAUGAGAUUGAUGUCAAGGUCGGCGAUUUCGUUCCUCUUUGCUUUGAGAAGUCAGUCUGGUUUUACGUUGCAAUGUUAGCUAUCAACAAGGCUGGCGGCGCGUGGGUGCCCUUAGAUCCUGCUCAUCCACUCUCGCGUCAGAAGCAAAUCGUUGAGCAAACGGGAGCCAGCGUCAUGCUUGCAUCGCCGCAGAACUUUGCCAAGAGCGCCGCCUUGGUUCCCAGCGUUAUCGAGGUCGCGUCUGAACUUGACGAGGAAUUGAUCGAAAAUUACGGCCGCGAUCCCAAACCGCCUGCUCGGGAUGUGUCGCCUGACCACGCUGUGUACGUGCUGUUCACCUCCGGCAGUACAGGCACUCCUAAGGGUCUAGUUAUGCAGCAUGGUGCUGUAUCCACGAGUCAAACGGCUAUUGGCAAGCGUCUUGGAUUGACGUCGGCCGUCAGGAUUCUUCAGUUUGCUUCCUACGUCUUCGACUUGUGCAUUGGUGAGAUCAUCGCUCCGUUGAUCUCGGGAGCUACCCUCUGUGUCCCUUCGGAGGAAACCCGUAUGAACGGCCUUCGGGACUUUAUCAACACCCAACAGAUCAAUUGGGCCUUCCUUACCCCAGCCUUUGUGCGCACCUUGAGACCCGAGGAUAUGCCCGGCCUAGACCUGUUGUUGUUGACUGGCGAAGCUGUCGGUCGGGACGUCUUUGAAACCUGGGUUGGCAAGCUACGCCUUGUGACCGGUUGGGGCCCUGCCGAGACCUGUGUGUUUAGCACCUUACACGAAUGGUACUCGACCGACGAGUCACCCCAGACUGUUGGAACCCCUGUUGGCGGUCGCUGCUGGAUCGUUGACCCGAAUGACCCCAGUCGUCUCGCUCCUACCGGCUGUAUCGGUGAAGUUGUUAUUCAGGGCCCGACUAUCCUGCGGGAAUACCUCGCAAACCCGGCUAUUACGAAGCAGUCGACCGUCACGUUGCUUCCUGAGUGGGUGCCUCGCCAUAAUGCAGCUCACUGGUCUCGAUUCUUUAAAUCUGGGGAUCUCUGUUAUUACAACACGGACGGUACGAUUGAGUUUGUGAGCCGUAAGGACACUCAGGUCAAGAUCCGAGGCCUCCGUGUGGAGCUUGGAGAGGUUGAACACCAUCUCCGCGCCGCCUUGGCUGGCGUGCGCCAGGUUGUUGUCGAUGUUCUCAAAGGAGAAGCCGGACCUAGUCUCGUGGCUUAUUUCUGCUUUUCCGAUGAGACCCGGAACAGCUCUGGAAUCGACAAGAGCAUUUUCCUUCCGCUCACUGCUGAUCUCAAGAGCCAAGUCACGGCUGCCAUCGGUCAGCUCAGCGUGGAACUCCCUAGCUAUAUGGUUCCGUCUAUGUUCUUUCCCUGCAAGUUCCUCCCCUCUAUCAGCUCAACUAAGCUAGAUAGAGGUGGCCUUAAGCGAUUGACAAUGUCGCUUGACAGAACAUCACUGGCGCCGUAUUCUCUUACGGAUAGCGAGAAGCGUGCUCCAAGUACCGCUAUGGAGGUCCGGCUUCAAAAGAUGUGGGCAGACAUCCUGAAGAUCCCCACCGAGACAAUUGGCCGCGAUGAUAGUUUCCUCCGCAUUGGUGGUGACUCGAUUACUGCUAUCCAGUUUGUCACCUCUGCCAGCGAGGACGGCUUGGCAAUCACUGUCAAGGACGUCUUUGCCGACCCUAGGCUUUCAGCUGUUGCCGCCAAGGUGGUUGAAGGCCAAGAGGAAGAGACCUACGAAGCGCAACCCUUUGACCUGUUGUCGGACAACGAGGUUGCUAUUGUGAAGCGCGCCAUUCGAGACCAGUGCCGUGUUUUGAACGAGGACAGUAUUGAAGAUGCUUAUCCUUGCACAAGUCUACAGGAAGGUCUCAUGGCCCUUGCUGUCAAGCAACCCGGUUCAUACAUUGCCAAAUACGUCUACUCAAUUCCCGACCAUAUCGAUACCACGCGAUUCAAGGCCGCCUGGAACCAGACCGUGCAGCUCUGCGGUAACUUGCGAACCCGAGUCGUCGGCUACAAUGGUGUCUCAUACCAGACCGUUCUACGGGAGCAGCCGGUUUGGGAAUCCACUGCUGGCUAUACCACCGCCUCCUUUAUGGAGUCUGCCAAAUCCCUAGAGAUGCAAUACGGUUCCAGGCUAUGCCGCUACGCCCUUGUCGCAGACAAGGAUGGAAAGCGCUCCUUCGUUCUUAUUAUGCAUCACGCAGUCUUCGAUGGAUGGAGCUUGAACGUUGUCCUCAACACCCUCUAUAGCCUCUAUCGGGACGAGCCCACCCCAGCACUGCAGCCAUACUCCAAGUUUAUCAACUUUGUCGCGAACCUCGAUACGGAUGAGGCGGCUGCCUAUUGGGAGUCCCAACUUGAGGGUGCCCAGCGUGCUACCUUCCCGCCCAUGCAUGUCGCAUCGGAUUCCAAGCCUAUCAGCCGAACGAUGACGACUAAAAUCCAGUUCCCUAAGGGUAGCGAUAACUCAAUCACAAAGGCAACCGUCCUUCGCGCGGCUUGGGCUAUAGUCCUCGCACGAUACUGUGAUAGUAACGACGUCUGCUUCGGCACUUCAGUCUCCAGUCGCCAGUCUGCUGUUACGGGUAUUGACAAGAUGGCCGGACCUACGGUUGCAACCGUGCCGAUCAGAAUUCGUCUCGAUACUGACCGGGCCGUAUCAAGUUUCCUGGAGGAUAUCCAGCAACAGGCCACAGAUAUGGUUGCGCAUGAACAGUUUGGCCUGCGUAAUAUUUCUAAGCUUGGAGCCAACGCCAAGGAGGCUUGCGAUUUCUCUAGCUUGCUGGUUAUCCAGCCAGUCCAGCAUGUGCCCACUUCAGCUGAGUCCCCGGACACUGUUCUCGUUGCCGACGGCUCAGAACAGUCUGACGACGGAGCUCUGGAGGGUUACUUUACCUACCCGUUGGUGAUUCAGGGACUCACGUACCACGACCACGUCGAGUUGCUUCUUAUUUACAACCCUGACGUCGUCGCCGAAGCCCAACUGCGGGCUCUGUCCAAUCACUUCGAUCAUGCUGUUCAGCAGCUUCUUACCAAGGGUGACGCCGCCUUGAGCACAGUUUCCAUCGCCAAUAACUGGGACAUAGUCAAGGCUGUGGAGUACAAUGCGGAGGAUCCCGAAAUUAUUCGUGCUUGCGUCCAUCAGCUCGUUGAAGUACAGGCACACCGCCAGCCCGAUGCCAUUGCUAUCCAGGCUUGGGAUGGCGUCCUGUCAUACUCUCAACUUAAUGAUGCUGCCAACAGACUGGCCCAUCAUCUAGUGGAAGUUGCCAAGGUCAGGGUGGGAGAUCUAGUACACGUCUUCUUCGAGAAGUCAGUCUGGUUCUUCGUCUCUAUUUUGGCAAUUAACAAAUCUGGUGCAGCUUGGGUCCCAUUAGACCCGUCGCACCCGAUCCAGCGGCAGAAGACAAUCAUCCAACAGACUCGGGCCCGCCUGGCUCUAUGCUCAACAGCAUAUGCCGAGAAAUGUGCCACUCUUGUACCGAGCAUCGUCGAAGUCACAGCUACACUCGACCAGAGGCUCACUGCCUCAAUGGGCUGCCCUGCCGCACCCAUCUGCCGUGUUACUCCAGACCACGCUGCGUACGUUCUAUUCACGUCUGGAAGCACCGGCACACCUAAGGGCUUUGUCAUGAUCCACAGCGGUGUGUGCACUAGCCAAACUGCUAUUUGCAAGAGACUAGGUAUGACGCCGGAAGUCAGAAUGCUGCAAUUCGCUUCCUAUGUCUUCGACCUGUGCAUCAGCGAAAUCGUGGCCCCUUUGAUCACCGGAGCUACCCUCUGCGUUCCGUCCGAAGAUAUCCGUAUGAGCGGUCUUAAGGAUUUCAUCAAUGACUUCCAGGUUAACUGGGCCUUCCUAACCCCCUCUUUUGCACGCACCUUGAAGCCAGAAGAGAUGCCUGGCCUCAAGCUGUUGCUUCUGACUGGAGAGGCUGUUGGGCGCGAUGUGUUUGAGAACUGGGUUGGAAAGCUGCGCCUAACUACAGGCUGGGGUCCUGCCGAGACGUGCGUUUUCAGCACUCUGUAUGAGUGGACGUCAGUAGAGGAAUCAUCCCAGACUGUUGGUCGACCGGUUGGCGGCUUCUGUUGGAUCGUCGAUCCCCAAGAUCCUCAGAAAUUAGCCCCAAUAGGCUGCGUUGGCGAAGUUGUGAUCCAGGGUCCAACUCUUCUCCGGGAAUACCUCGAUGAUCCUAUCAAGACGCAAGCAUCGAUGGUUACAUCUCUUCCCGAAUGGGCACCCCGUCGAGACUCGUCACCUUACUGGAACAGAUUUUUCAAGUCUGGCGAUCUUUGCUACUACAAUCCUGACGGGACUAUCGAAUUUGUCAGCCGCAAGGACACGCAGGUGAAGAUCCGUGGCCUUCGUGUUGAAUUGGGAGAAGUUGAGCACCAUUUGCGCGAAUCCCUUGAAGGUGUGCACCAAGUCGUGGUAGAUGUCUUCAAGGGAGAUGCUGGCACGAACCUCAUUGCCUAUUACAGCUACAGCGAUGAGACUCGUACUUCUGGCCGUGCGGAUGUCAACGCUGAUACCAUCUUUAUUCCCCUCGCUGGCGAGCUCAAGACUCAAAUCACUGCUGCCGUUGGCAAUUUGACUGUUGCCCUACCCAGCUACAUGGUCCCAACUAUGUUUUUCCCUUGCCACUUUAUGCCCUCGAUUACGUCGACCAAAUUGGACCGAGGCGAACUCAAGCGGAUGACAUCUUCCCUGUCACAAGAGGUGCUAGCCAAACACUCACUUGUGGAUAGCGAGAAGCGUGCACCCGAAACGCUUAUGGAGAAGAAGGUGCAAGAAAUGUGGUCGAGCAUCUUGAAGAUGCCAGCGGAAUCAAUUGGCCGCGACGACAACUUCAUGCGUAUUGGAGGUGACUCUAUCAUCGCGAUCCAAUUCGUUACUGCUGCUCGAGAUGCUGGCUUGUCUAUUACGGUUAGGGAUAUUUUCGCCGAUCCUCGACUUUCUGCUGUGGCCGACAAGAUGCUCGAAGGAGAAACCAUUGACGCCCGCGAGGUCAAGCCAUUCGAAAUGAUUCCCAGUGGCGAAGUUGAGGACGUUAUGUCGACCAUCCACGCCGAGUGCGAACUCCGCGACCAGGUCAUCGAGGAUGCCUACCCUUGCACCAGUCUCCAGGAAGGCCUUAUGGCGUUGGCUGUCAAGCAGCCGGGUUCUUAUAUCGCUAAGAAUAUUUACACCCUGCCAAAGGACGUUGACGUGGCUCUCUUUAAAGCUGCCUGGGAGCGCACAAUGCAGCUUUGUGGCAACCUACGCACCAGGAUCGUUCUGCAUAAGGGCGUCUCGACGCAGGCCGUUAUUCGAGAGGAGCCCUCGUGGGAACCUACGGAUGGUAUGGACCUCGAGUCUCUCAUGCACACCACCAAGGGCAUGACAAUGCAGUACGGUUCCCGACUCUGCACUUAUGGUCUCUUGAUCGAAGGCAGCGGAAAGGUAUCCUUCAUGCUCAAUAUCCACCACGCCAUCUUCGACGGCUGGAGCUUGAACGUGGCACUGAGCACCCUAUACUCUGUCUACCGCGGCGAGUCUGUCCAGACACUCCAACCGUAUUCUGGCUUCAUUAAGUAUGUCACGGAGAUUGACCAAGAAGCUGCCACUGGCUAUUGGAAGGACCAGCUUGACGGCGCCCAGCGUGCUACAUUCCCCCGCGCCGACGCCAGCGAGUCCCAGCAGAAGGCACACAUUAUGAAGACCAAGAUUUCGUACGCGGAUUCGGCAGACAACUCCAUCACCAAGGCUACAAUUCUGCGGGCCGCGUGGGCUAUUGUCCUUGCUAGAUACUGCGAUACUGAUGAUGUCUGCUUUGGCACAACGGUUUCCGGGCGUCACGCCCCUGUGGCGGGCAUCGAUAAGAUGGCCGGACCUGCUGUUGCUACUGUGCCUGUCAGAGUACAUCUUGACAAGCAACAGCCAGUCUCAAGCCUCCUACGAGAUAUUCAGCAGCAAGCUUCAGAGAUGGUGGCAUAUGAGCAAUUUGGCCUCCGCAAUAUCACCAAGCUUAGCCCCGAGGUUCAUGAAGCAUGUGACUUUUCUAGCUUGCUCGUCGUUCAGCCAGUCCAGCACGCGAUCAAAUCAGGCAGUAACACCGAAUCAGCUCUUCUUUCUGUUCAGUCGGAUGAACACGAGGAAGAGCUCUUGGAAGGAUACUUCAGCUACCCGCUGGUUCUGCAGGGAUUGACACACGAUGACCACAUCGAACUUAUGGUCAUCUAUAACCCGGCCGUCGUAUCCAAGUCUCAGGUCGAAGCCCUGUCUUAUCAUUUCGACCAUACCGUGCAGCAACUCUCGGCUCAAUCCAACAAGCCCCUAGAGACUGUGUCAGUUGCUGGCGAAUGGGAUCUCCAGAAGGCUGUUGGCUUCAACGAUGAUCACCCUGAGAUUAUUCGGGCCUGCGUUCACCAGAUCAUUGAGGCCAAGGCACAGAGCCACCCCAAUUUCCCUGCUAUCCUGGCUUGGGAUGGAGAACUGACAUAUUCUCAACUUAACCGAACGGCUAACAGGCUGGCUCACUACCUGAUCGAUACAGUCCAAGUCAAAGCAGGCGACUUCGUCCAUGUCUGCUUUGAAAAGUCGCUGUGGUUCUUUGUGGCCAUUUUGGCUAUCAAUAAAGCUGGUGCCGCUUGGGUUCCUUUGGAUCCAUCACACCCGGUUCAGCGUCAGCAACAGAUUGUGAAGCAAACCCGAGCCCGUGUCGCACUUACGUCCCCUACUACUGCUGAGAAAUGUGCCAGUCUCGUGGCAUAUGUAGUAGAGGUGUCUGCUACACUAGACCGGGAGCUUAUGGCGGAUAUGGACUGCCCAUCGGCCCCGGUCACAAGCGUCACUCCAGACGACGCUGCAUAUGUGCUUUUUACGUCCGGAAGCACAGGUACACCCAAGGGUUUGGUCAUGCAACAUGGAGCUCUCUGCACUAGCCAGACGGCUAUCGCUAAGAGACUUGGCCUAACCCAGGAUGUUAGGAUCUUGCAAUUCGCCUCUUUUGUUUUCGAUCUUUGUAUCGGUGAGAUCAUCGCCCCAUUGAUCUCUGGGGCUGCUCUUUGCAUCCCGUCUGAAGACACCCGCACUGGUAGUCUCAAACACUUCAUCAAUGACAUGAGGGUCAAUUGGGCCUUCCUGACCCCGGCUUUCGCUCGAACCCUGCAGCCAGAGGAAGUCCCAGGUCUCGACCUUCUACUUCUGACGGGUGAGGCUGUCGGCCGUGAUGUGUUUGAGAAUUGGGUGGGUAAGUUACGUCUUGUUACGGGUUGGGGCCCUGCCGAGACUUGUGUCUUUAGUACGCUUCAUGAGUGGUAUUCAGCCGACGAGUCCCCUCAGACUGUUGGCCGCCAGGUCGGUGGCUAUUGCUGGAUUGUCGAUCCCGAAGACAAUCAGAAGCUAGCUCCCACAGGGUGUAUCGGCGAGGUGGUGAUCCAGGGUCCAACAAUACUUCGAGAGUAUCUCGAUGACCCAAUUAGGACCGCUGCGGCAACUGUUACUCAGCUUCCCUCGUGGGCACCCCAGCAAACGUCACCCUACUGGAACCGGUUCUUCAAGUCCGGCGAUCUGUGUUACUAUAAUGCAGACGGAACUAUUGAGUUCGUUAGUCGCAAGGACACACAGGUCAAGAUCCGCGGCCUGCGUGUCGAACUUGGUGAAGUUGAACACCACUUGCGCGCCGCUCUCAAAGACGUCAAGCAGGUUGUCGUGGACGUGCAUCGCUCAGACACCGGCACCAAUCUCGCGGCAUACUACUGCUUCAGCGAUGAGACCCGAACGACCAGCAGUGCCGGAUCUACUGUCGAUUCUGAAAGCAUGUUCCUUCCUCUCACUGGCCACCAGAAGAGUUUGGUCACUGCCGCUGUCGGCCAGCUAAAUAUGGCGCUCCCCAGCUAUAUGGUCCCCACAAUCUUCUUCCCAUGUCGGUUCAUGCCGUCUAUCACCUCUACGAAGCUUGAUAGAAAUGGUCUAAAGAGGCUGACUGCUGCCCUUGAUCGCGAGGCCUUGAGCAAAUAUUCUCUCGCUGAUAGUGAGAAACGCCCGCCUGUAACGCGAAUGGAAGUCACAUUGCAGAAGAUGUGGGCGGAGAUCUUGAAGAUCCCUAGAGAAUCGAUCGGCCGAGAUGACAGUUUCCUCCGCAUUGGUGGCGAUUCCAUUACUGCUAUUCAAUUCGUGUCCAACGCAAGAGAUGACGGCUUGAUGGUUACUGUCAAGGAUAUCUUUGCCGAUCCUCGCCUCUCUGCUGUGGCUGAGAAGGUCGCCGAGGGUGAGGAAGAGAUCUAUGAGUCGGAGCCGUUUGGUCUACUCCCAACCGACCAGGUGGAAGACAUUGUUCAGUCUGUGCGUGAGCAAUGCGAUCUCUCCCGUGGUCAAGUUGUUGAGGAUGCCUACCCCUGCACAAGUCUUCAAGAAGGUCUCAUGGCAUUGGCAGUGAAGCAGCCUGGCUCGUACAUUGCCAAGUAUGUUUAUCGCCUUCCAGAAUCCAUCGACUUGGCCGCCUUCAAAGAUUCCUGGGCUCGUGUCGUUGGCCUCUAUGCCAACUUGCGCACUAGGAUCUUAGUCCACAACGGACUCUCAAUCCAGGCUACCGUCCAGGAGGAGCUUGCCUGGGAGCCUACGGAAAAUGUUGAUCUUCGAACUAUGUUGGACUCCAUCAAGGAUAUCGAGAUGCAGUACGGCUCCCGCCUGUGCCGUUAUGCUCUCGUCACAGAGCAGACUGGACAAUAUUUUGUCCUGGUCAUCCAUCACGCUGUCUUUGACGGUUGGAGUUUGGGCAUGGUCCUUGGUACGCUUGAGAAUCUAUACCGAGGCCAGUCACCACCCGACCUACAGUCAUACUCGGGCUUUAUCAAUUACAUUGAGCAGAUUGAUGAGAAUGAUGCCUCCCAAUACUGGAAGGAUCAACUUGAUGGCGCCCAGCGAGCUACCUUUCCAAGGAUGGAUCCUGCUGCCGAAUCCCAACCGGCAAGCAAGAUCUUGAAGACAAGCAUCGGAUUUCCCGACAUGACACACACGACAAUUACAAAAGCUACGAUCCUUCGGGCAGCUUGGGCUAUGGUCCUUGCAAGAUACAGCGAUACCAAUGAUAUCUGCUUUGGCACUACUGUAUCCGGCCGUCAUGCCUCUGUCCCCGGGAUUGAAAGAAUGGCCGGUCCAGCUGUUGCCACUGUCCCAGUCCGGGUUCAAAUUGACAGCAGCAACGGAGUAUUGAGCUUCCUGCAAGCCGUUCAACAGCAGGCCUCUGAGAUGGUCCCAUAUGAGCAAUAUGGUCUGCGUAAGAUUUCGAAGCUCAGUGCGAGCGCCGAGGACGCUUGCCACCUGUCCAGCUUGCUAGUCAUCCAACCGAUGAUCACCUUGACCGACGACUCCGACGAGGCUAUCCUCGUUUCAGCGGCUGGCUCCAAAGCAUUUGACGAGCAGGAGGCCUUAGACGGUUACUUUACUUACCCUCUGGUUCUUCAAUGCAUGACGCUUGCCGAUUCUAUUGAGCUGUCAUUCAUGUAUAACCCCGACAUCAUCGCUGAAGAUCAGCUCGUUGCGCUGUCUCAACAUUUCGACCACGUCGUCCAGCAGUUGCUCGUCCAGGAUGAGACCCCAUUGGCUACGGUGUCCUUGUCUGGCGAUUGGGAUCUUGGACAAGCAAUGGAGUGGAACACAGCUGAUAGCAUUCCCGUCAAUGCUUGCGUCCACGACUUGAUUUCCAUGCGUGCGAUUCUGUCUCCGGACAAUGAAGCCCUUGUGACUUCCGAAGGCACACUUACUUAUGUCCAACUGGACCGCCUUUCAAAUGCCCUAGCCGCGCACCUCUCACAACUCGGCGUGACACUGGAGACGACUGUCCCAUUCUGCUUCGAAAAGUCCAUGUGGGCAGUUGUCGCGAUGAUCGGAAUUCUUAAGGCUGGCGGUGUCUUUAUUCCCAUCGAUCCGUCGCACCCAGCCCAACGUCGCCAGGCGAUAAUUGAUGAAGCCAAGGCUCGCUUUAUGGUCGUCUCUCCAUCGACCAAAGCCUCUUGUGAGGGUAUGGUUGAGCAUUUGAUUGAGUUGUCGCCUACCUCAAUCGCUGAUUUCUCAAUCCCGACACGAACCCGCGACGCCCUAGCCGUCAAGCCAACGCCUUCAAAUGCAGCCUACAUUCUAUUUACCUCUGGGUCCACCGGAAAGCCCAAGGCAUUCAUUGUGGAUCAUUCCGCUCUUACUACUACAAGUGUUGGUCAUGGUAGGGCAUACAGUCUCAAUGAGAAGUCUCGAGUGCUGCAAUUCUCUAGCUACGUCUUUGAUGUCAGCUUGAGCGAGAUUAUUGAGACCCUCAUAUACGGAGGUACAGUAUGCAUUCCGACCGACGAGGAGAGGCUGCAGGCCAUCACAAGCUUUAUCAACCAGGCACAGGUCAAUACCGCACUGCUAACCUCAACCUUCCUGAGGACGCUAUCGCCAGCCGACGUCCCUUCGCUGAAGCUCCUGAUCCUUGUUGGCGAGGCACCUGCUAAGGAUGUCUUGGAUACUUGGUUUGGGCACACCACCGUGGCGAAUGCUUAUGGUCCUUCUGAGAUCUCUGUAUUCUGUACCUCGCACGUUUAUCAGUCCGUGGACGAGCCGCCCUCAACUAUUGGCCGCGGGUUUGGCUGUGACUGCUGGAUUGUUGAGCCAGAUAAUCAUCAACGACUUACUCCUGUUGGAUGCACCGGCGAGCUCCUCGUCCAGAGGCAAAUGGCCCGAGGGUACCUCAACGACGAAGAGAGGACCAAGGCAUCCUUCGUCCAGAGUGUCGAGUGGCUUCCGGAAUCUUCAGGUGACGAUACUCGCCAAUUCUUCAAAACCGGCGAUUUGGUUCGGUAUCGACUUGAUGGUACGAUGGAGUAUCUAGGAAGACAAGAUAUGCAGGUCAAGGUCCGAGGCUAUCGUGUGGAGCUUGGUGAGAUCGAGUAUCACAUCAAGCAGACAUUGCCAGAGGCCGCUUUUACUGCAGUCGAUGUUGUUCGCCAGGAUGCUCGCGAGGCACUUGUUGCCUUUGUCACGUUCAGUGACGGCCAGUCCAACAAGAGCAGUGCUAUCGCCAGCGAGGAUCUUUCGGAUUGGCUUCUGCCGAUUGACGACACUCUGCGACAAUCCUUCAGUCACGUCACCGAUGAGCUCAAGCGUAUUCUUCCAGCCUACAUGGUCCCCAGUAUCUUCUUACCUCUUCGCACUAUGCCGCUUGGAGGUACUCUCAAGCUCGAUCGCAAGAAGCUGCGUACUCUUGCGAGCACUAUCACGCAGGAGCAUCUUAGCAACUAUGCCCUAGCUAGUGAGGAGAGAGUUGAGCCGACGACUGUCAUCGAAUUCAAGCUUCGGGAUAUCUGGGCCCAAGUCCUCAAGAUCACACCGGAGCAGAUUGGCAAGAACGAUAGCUUCCUACAAAUUGGCGGCGACUCGAUCACGGCUAUUCAGCUGGUAUCUCUUGCGCAGCAGCAUGGCCUCAGCCUGACCAUUUCGAAGAUCUUCGAAAAUUCUCAGCUGAGCCAUAUGGCCAAUACCGCUAUUGUUUCCGAGAAGGGCAUCACAUACGCCGUCGCACCUUUCGCCAUGCUGCCAAGUCAUGAAGUGGACUCUCUCAAGUCGCACAUUGCCAACGUUUGCCAUUUGUCAGACGAACAGGAGAUUGAAGACGCAUAUCCUUGUACCAGUCUGCAAGAGGGUCUCAUGGCCCUAACAGUCAAACAACCCGGCUCGUACAUUGGAAAGUACGUAUAUCGCCUCUCUCGCCACAUUGACAUUGCCCGCUUUACAGCUGCGUGGGAGCGAACCUUUGAGCUUUGCGCUAGUUUGCGCACACGCAUUGUAGCGCGUGAUGGUUCGUCAAUUCAGGCUGUUAUUCGAGAACGUCCUGUUUGGCAGAUUACAACGGGCCACACCAUGAGCUCGUUUAUGAUGUCCACUGCGGGUAUGGACAUGACCUACGACUCAAGUCUUUGUCGGUUUGCCAUUAUUACCGAGGAUUCAGGCGAAAGGUACUUCGCCCUCUUUAUGCAUCAUACUAUCUUUGACGGGUGGACGAUGAACAUCAUCAUGGCGACGCUGUACAGCACUUACAGAGGGGAGGCCGUUGCUACCCUACAGCCUUAUUCCAGCUUCAUUAACUACACCACCCAACUCGACCAGGCUGCAGCGGAGCAAUACUGGAAGACGCAACUAGACGGGGCCCAACGUGCUACUUUCCCCCGAAUGGACCAAGUUGCGGAGCAGAGAACUGUCACCCGUGUGAUGAAGAAUAACAUCCAGUUGCCGAAGAUGGCAAACUCUUCAAUCACAAAGGCUACUAUUCUGCGCGCCGCUUGGGCGAUUGUCCUUGCCACGUAUUCGGAUACAAAAGAUAUCUGCUUUGGAGCAACAGUUUCUGGUCGUCAUGCCCAGGUCAUUGGCGUGGAUAACAUGGCUGGUCCUGUGGUGGCCACUAUUCCUGUUCGCGCACGCCUAGACAAGGGCCAGACCGUUUCCGAAUUCCUUCACGACGUCCAGCAUCAAGCUUCUGAGAUGGUGGCAUAUGAGCAGUUUGGUCUUCGCAAUAUUGCGAAAAUUAGCCCAGAGAUGCAUGAAGCCUGUGACUUCUCCAGCUUGUUUGUGGUGCAGCCGAUGCAGCAUGCCACCAGCACAGCAGACGACGAAUCCGAUGCAAUCCUCCUGGAAGCUGACCCAACAACAUAUGGCGAAGAGGAAGCCAUCGGUGGCUACUAUACCUAUCCAUUGGUCUUGCAGGCUUUCACUCACCAUGAUUUCACAGAAGUGAGACUCAUCUUCAAUCCUGCUGUUGUCACCGAGACCCGACUCACUGGCAUGACCCAACACUUUGCCCAUGUUGUCCGACAGCUCGUCUCACAGCAAGACGCAGCUUUGGAGACUAUCCAAGUCGCGAGUGACUGGGAUCUGAACAGGGCUAUCGAGUACAACGGCGAUGCUCCCGAUGUCGUGCGCGACACCCUCCACGGCAUGGUUGAAGCGCGCACACGGCUCCAACCGGAUGCGCCUGCUAUCCAGGCGUGGGAUGGCGAGAUGACAUACUCCCAGCUCAAUGACGCUUCAAAUCGCUUGGCGUCUCAUCUCAUCGAUGAAUUUGAUGUGAUGGUAGGAGACCUCGUGCAUAUCUGCUUCGACAAGUCGAUCUGGGCUUAUGUCUCAAUGCUGGCCAUUCUCAAAGCCGGUGCUGCAUGGGUGCCCUUAGAUCCCGCACACCCGGUCCAACGCUACAAGCAAAUCAUAGAGCAGACUGGCGCUCGUCUUGCUAUCGCGUCGCCGUCCAACUCUAAGAAGCUCGAUGGUUUGGUCGCGGACGUUAUCGAGAUGACACCCGCCCUAAAUCAGCAACUUGCUAUUAACAUUGGCUCCCCGGUAUCACCAAACCGUGAUGUUACACCGGACCAUGCCGCAUACGUCCUUUUCACCUCUGGAAGUACCGGCACACCAAAGGGUCUGGUUAUCCAGCAUGGUGCCGUUUGCACUAGUCAAGUUGCCAUUAGCAAACGGCUGGGUAUGACGGCCCAGGUCAGGAUCUUGCAAUUUGCGUCCUUCAUGUUCGAUGUCUGCGUUGGCGAAAUAUUCGCUCCGUUAAUGUCUGGAGCAACCGUCUGCGUUCCUUCCGACGAGACGCGUAUGGGUAACUUGACGCAGUUCAUCAACGACAUGAAGGUCAACUGGGCUUUCCUGACCCCCGCUUUCGCGCGUACUAUCAAACCUAUCGAUGUCCCUGGUCUGGAGCUUUUGCUGCUUGCCGGCGAGGCUGUUAGUCGGGACGUCUUUGAGACCUGGUUUGGACAGGUUCCCCGCUUACUCAAUGGAUGGGGACCAGCUGAGACCUGUGUCUUGAGCGCCAUACAUGAGUGGAAGAGUGCAGAAGAGUCCCCGCAGACUAUCGGUAUCCCUGUUGGCGGUCACGGCUGGAUCGUUGACCCCCAAGAUCCUCAAAAGCUGGCGCCCAUUGGAUGUGUUGGCGAGAUUGUCAUCCAGGGUCCAACUGUCCUAAAGGAAUACCUUGCAGAUCCUAUCCGGACACAUGCAGCAGUUGUGUCUUCACUUCCUAUGUGGAUGCCGCACCGCGAGACCCCACAGUGGUCACGAUUCUUCAAGUCUGGGGAUCUCUGCUGUUAUAAUGCAGAUGGAACCAUUGAGUUCCUUACCCGCAAGGAUACCCAAGUCAAGAUUCGCGGUCUACGCGUGGAGACAGGCGAGGUUGAACAUAACGUUUACCAAGCCCUUGAUGGGGCCCGACAAGUCGUGGUCGACGUCUUCAACGGCGUCGCUGGAACUACACUGGCUGCCUAUUUCUGUUUCAAUGAAGAUACCCGCAAGACAGUGACCGAUCCUUCAGCUGAGGAAUUGUUUAUUCCCCUCACAGACGACUUGCGAGGUCUGAUUACGGGCACACUGGGCAAGCUCAGUGUGGUGUUGCCGAGCUAUAUGGUUCCGACUCUAUUCUUCCCCUGCCGAUUCAUGCCAGCUGUUACCUCUAUGAAGCUGGAUCGAGGAGGUCUCAAGCGCGCAGCAGCUACCCUAUCGCACGAGGAGUUGAGCGAAUAUUCACUUGCCAAUACUGAAAAGCGUGCACCUAAUACCCCUAUGGAAGUCCGUCUCCAAGAGAUGUGGGCAUCCAUCCUCAACAUAUCAGUCGACUCUAUCGGCCGAGAUGACAGCUUCUUGCGCAUUGGUGGUGAUUCAAUUGCCGCAAUCCAAUUCGUCACCUCUGCUCGUGAGGCCGGCCUGAUGAUUACGGUCAAGGAUGUUUUUGAUGAUCCUCGAUUGCUCGCCAUUGCCGCCAAGGUUGUGGAGGAGGAGGAAGACGUUGGUUCCUACAACACCGAACCUUUCGCCUUGCUACCAAGCAAUAGCGUCGACGACAUCAAGCUCACCAUCCAAGAUCAAUGCCAGCUGUCAGCUGAUCAAGGCAUCGACGACGCUUAUCCAUGCACGGCUCUGCAGGAAGGUCUUAUGGCACUCGCUGUUAAGCAACCGGGUUCAUACAUCGCAAAAUAUGUCUACAGCCUUCCCGAAAAUGUCGACACAUCUCUCUUCAAGCAGGCAUGGGGUCAGACUGUGCAGAUCUGCCAGAACCUUCGAACCAAGAUUGUGGUCCACGAAGGGGCUUCUGUUCAGGCCGUGAUCCGCGAGGAGGCUGCCUGGGAGCAUACAGACGGUCUUACUUUCCACACCUUUAUGGACAAGGCCCAGUCGAUUGAGAUGCAUUAUGGCUCCAGACUAUGUCACUACGCCCUCAUCACUGAGCCCACAGGAGCGCGGUACUUUGUGCUACUCAUCCACCACUCCGUCUUUGAUGGAUGGAGUAUGAAUGCAAUCCUCAUCACCCUCAACACCGUGUAUCGGGGUGAAUCCAUUCCGGUCCUUGAGCCGUACUCCAACUUUAUCAACUACACUAUGCAGAUUGAUAAUGCCGCUGCCUCCAACUUCUGGAACGAUCAGCUUGAAGGUGCUCAACGGGCUACCUUCCCGAAGAUGGAUUCUGCCGCCGAUUCCGAGUCGACUAGUCAAAUCGCAAAGACAACGAUCAGGCUUCCGGAUUUGGGGGAUACCUCAAUUACUACAGGCACGAUUCUCCGGGCAGCCUGGGCUAUGGUGCUGGCUCAAUAUAGCGACACAGACGAUGUUUGCUUUGGAACUACUGUGUCCGGCCGUUAUGCACCGGUGGCUGGCGUGGACAGAAUGGCUGGUCUUGUUAUCUCCACUCUCCCAGUUCGUGUGCGUCUCGACAAACAGCAAGCAGUAUCAGCUUUCCUAGACCAUAUUCAGCAACAAGCCUCUGAUACAGUGCCUUUCGAACAAUUCGGCCUGCGAAACAUCUCGAAGUUGAGCCCGGAAACCCAGGAGGCUUGCGACUUUUCUAGUCUGCUGGUUGUUCAGCCUGCUCAGCAUGCCACCAGCCACGACCAAACGGACCCCGUCCUGCUCCCAGCCGACCCAAAGCUGUUCAAGGAGGAGGAAGCAGCCAAGGGUUACUUCACGUACCCGUUGGUCCUCCAAGCCUUCAUUCACAGUGAUCGCAUCGAACUGGUUGUCACCUUCAAUCCUUCCUCAGUUUCCGAGGCUCAAGUCACGGCUCUGUCCAACCAUUAUGACUGCGCUGUGCAGCAGCUUGCUGUCCAAAAGGAACUUCCACUGGGAUCCAUUUCUCUCGCAAACAACUGGGAUCUCCAGAAAGCUGUCAAGUACAACUCUGAUGAUCCUCGCAUUGUCCGAUCAUGCGUCCACGAGCUCAUUGACCUUCAGGCGCAGCUCCGUCCUGACGCCCCUGCUAUUCACGCGUGGGACGGUCAAUUGACAUACUCUCAGCUUAAUACCGCUGCCAAUAGAUUAGCCUGUCACCUGAUGGGCCCUGUUGGUGUGCGACUCGGAGACCUUGUUCACGUAUGCUUCGAGAAGUCAGUCUGGUUCUUUGUGUCGAUUCUGGCAAUCAACAAGGCUGGAGCAGCCUGGGUUCCUUUAGACCCCUCGCACCCCAUACAGCGGCAGCAGCAAAUCGUCAAGCAAACCAGAUCCCGUCUAGCUUUGGUGUCUCCCUCAAAUUCCGACAACUGUUCGACCCUUGUCGGGGAGGUGAUAGAAGUAACCGCAGCCCUGGACAAGAAGCUUACUGCCUAUAUGGGGUCUCCUCCACCACCAAUCUGCAACAUUACACCGGAUCAUGCUGCAUAUGUGCUCUUUACCUCUGGAAGUACAGGAACUCCAAAGGGCUUUGUCAUGGAACACGGAGGCGUCUGUACGAGUCAGACUGCCAUCAGCAAGAGGUUGCGCCUCACCCCUCAAGUCAGGAUAUUGCAAUUUGCAUCCUACGUGUUUGAUCUCUGUAUCGGUGAGAUUGUAGCGCCCCUUAUUACGGGAGCUACCCUCUGCAUUCCGUCAGAGGAUACCCGUAUGUCAGGCCUCAAGGAGUUCAUCAACGAGAACAAGGUCAACUGGGCGUUCCUGACCCCAUCCUUUGUCCGCACUCUACAGCCCGAGGACGUACCGGGACUCGAGCUGUUAUUACUUACAGGUGAAGCUGUCGGCCGUGACGUCUUCGAAACCUGGGUUGGCAAGCUGCGUCUUACUACAGGCUGGGGCCCUGCAGAGACCUGUGUGUUUAGCACACUUCACGAGUGGCAUUCCUCCGAUGAAUCUCCACAGACUGUUGGCCGGUCCGUGGGAGGAAAUUGCUGGAUCGUGGACCCCUCCAACCCUCACAAGCUUACUCCCACAGGGUGUAUCGGAGAGGUUGUUAUUCAAGGCCCAACGCUUCUGCGUGAAUAUCUUGAUGAUCCUGCCAAAACUCAAGCUUCGAUGGUGACCAGUCUGCCUGACUGGGCCCCUCGCCGCAACCACCCGCAAUGGAAGAGGUUCUUCAAGUCCGGGGAUCUGUGCUAUUACAAUGCGGAUGGCACGAUUGAGUUUGUCAGCCGUAAGGAUACCCAAGUCAAGAUUCGAGGCCUCCGUGUGGAGCUGGGUGAGGUCGAACACCACCUCCACAAGGCCCUUCAGAACGUCAAGCAGGUUGUGGUUGACGUGUACAGAGGCGAUGCUGGUACUAACCUCGUCGCGUACUUUUGUACUACCGAUGAGACUCGCACCAGUACCAGUGGCGGCCACAACGCCAGUGACAUCUUCAUCCCUCUUAAUUCUGAUUUGAAGAGUCAGAUCACGGCCGCCAUCGGUCAACUUGGGGUGACGCUGCCGAACUACAUGAUCCCAACAAUCUUCUUCCCCUGCCGGUUUAUGCCUUCUAUUACGUCUACCAAGCUGGACCGAGGUGGUCUCAAGCGUCUAACAGCUGCCCUCGGCCAGGACGUAUUGGCCAAAUAUGCCCUUGCUGACGAUGAGAAGCGCGCACCUGCAACACCGAUGGAACUUCGUCUGCAGAAGCUUUGGUCAACAAUCCUGAAGAUCCCUAUCGAGUCCAUCGGCCGCGACGAUAGCUUCUUGCGCAUUGGCGGUGACUCUAUCUCCGCUAUCCAGUUUGUGACAACAGCGCGAGAAGCGGGUUUAACAAUCUCAAUCAAGGACAUAUUUGCCGAUCCACGACUAUCCGCUGUGGCGGCGACGGUUAUGGAGGGCGAAGUGAUAUCGUAUGAGACUGAGCCAUUCGGCUUAUUAUCAACAAGCGAGCUCAACGACAUCAAGUCUGAUAUUCACGACCAAUGCCAACUGACCAACGAUCAAUUCAUCGAAGAUGCCUAUCCCUGCACAGGGCUUCAAGAAGGCCUAAUGGCCUUAGCCGUCAAGCAACCCGGAUCUUACAUCGCCAAGUAUGUUUACCGCCUGCCUGAUAACAUCAAUGCCACCCGAUUCAAGGCGGCCUGGGACAAGACUGUCGAGCUUUGCCCCAACUUGCGUACAAGAAUCGCUGCCCACGACGGGGCCUCUUUCCAGGCCAUUAUUCGAGGAGACGCGACAUGGGAGCAUGCAGAUGGCCUUUCCCUCCGCGCCUUUAUCGAUGGUGCCAAGAGUGUCCAGAUGCAGCAUGGCUCGCGACUUUGCCGCUAUGCCUUUGUUGCGCAACCCACAGGGGAGAAGCAUUUCGUGCUUAUGAUUCACCAUGCCGUCUUUGACGGCUGGAGUCUGAACAUGUCACUUGCAACCCUAUACAGUCUGUAUCGCGAGGAGCCUGUCCAAGCGAUGCAGCCUUAUUCUGGAUUCAUCAACUACAUCACCCAACUGGAUGAGACCGCCGCCAGGGCAUACUGGAAGAAGCAGCUUGAUGGUGCCCAGCGCGCUGCCUUCCCCCGCGCAACUAUCACCAAAUCGAAGCCAGUCAGUCACGUCAACAAGACCACGAUUCCACUGCCUAAGAUGGUGGACACUUCAAUCACAAAGGCCACUGUCAUCCGUGCGGCGUGGGCGAUUGUCCUCGCUCGAUACUCAGAGACUGACGAUAUCUGCUUUGGUCUUACGGUUUCCGGUCGCCAGGCUGAUCUUCCUGGUCUGGAGGCAAUGGUUGGACCCGCCGUGGCCACUGUGCCUGUGCGUGUUCAAUUGGAUCAACAGCAAUCUAUUUCCAGCUUCCUUCAAGAUAUCCAAGCCCAGGCAUCAGAAAUGGUCCCCUACGAGCAAUUCGGCCUGCGUAACAUCUCUAGGCUCGGCCCCGACGCCAAGGAAGCCAGCGAUAUCUCUAGCUUGCUCGUCAUCCAGCCGGUUCAGCACAUCGCGGAGAGCAAUGAGGCUGAGGCUAUCCUUUCCUCGGAGUCGGACUUGUUCGAUGAGCAGGAGGCCCUUGAAGGUUACUUCACCUACCCAUUGGUCCUUGAAUGUUCAACCUACGCCGAACAUGCUAUGUUGUCUUUCAUCUCUAACCCGGAGUCUGUCCCUGAUGCCCAAAUCACUGCGCUGUCACACCAAUUCAACAGCGUUGUCCAACAACUCCUGUCUGGUGCCGAUGAGUCUCUCGCUACAGUCUCUCUCGCCAGCGACUGGGAUCUGAAGCAGGCUAUGGAGUGGAAUACGGCUGAUGCUACACCGGUGAACGCAUGUGUGCAUGACCUUAUUUCUGAAAUGGCUCGACAGGACCCUACUCACGAAGCCAUUGUCUCUACUCAAGGUAAUAUCACCUAUGCAGAGCUUGAUCGCUGGUCCAGUAUUCUGGCAAUCCAUCUUUCUCAGCUGGGUGUCAGACAGGAGACGAUGGUUCCUCUUUGCAUCGAGAAAUCGACGUGGACUAUCACUGCUAUGCUCGCCAUUAUGAAGGCUGGUGGUGUGUUCAUUCCGAUCGACCCCUCGCAUCCCGAAAGCCGUCGUCAAGCCAUUAUUAACGAACUUGAUGCUCGCUUCAUGGUUGUGUCACCAAAGACCAAGGAUUCAUGCAAUGGCAUGGUUGAGAACAUGAUUGUCCUCUCUCAAUCGCUCAUCACCGAGAUCUCCAGCAGCAUCAAGAGUGGUAGCGUGAUACAAGUCAAGCCCAAGCCUUCUGAUGCUGCUUACAUCAUCUUCACGUCCGGUUCAACAGGCAAACCAAAGGCAUUCCUUGUCGACCACUCUGCCCUUAGUACUAGUACCGUCGGUCACGGCCGGGCCUAUACUUUGGACAAGUCCUCGCGCGUUCUGCAGUUCUCCAGCAAUGUCUUUGAUGUUAGCUUGAGCGAAAUCUUUGAGACGCUGGUAUUUGGUGGCGCUAUUUGCAUGCCCUCAGAAACCGAACGUCUCCAGGAUAUUCCGGGUUUCAUCAGGGCAACCAACGUCAAUACGGCCUUGUUGACGUCGACCUUCCUCAGGACUUUGACACCGGCUGAUGUGCCAUCUCUUACGCUACUUAUUCUUGUUGGCGAGGCGCCGGCUAAAGAUAUCUUGGAUACCUGGCAUGGAUCAGUCACUCUAGCCAACGCAUACGGACCUUCCGAAAUCUGUAUCUUUUGCUCGUCUCAUGUAUAUCAAUCAGUUGAUGAGUCUCCAUCCACGAUCGGACGUGGAUUCGGUAGUGCUUGCUGGAUCGUCGAGCCUGACAACCACCAGCGCCUCACGCCUAUUGGCUGCACUGGAGAGCUUCUGGUGCAAAGGCAGAUGGCGCGGGGCUAUCUCAACGACAAAGAGAGGACCGAGGCAUCCUUCAUCAAGAACGUCGACUGGUUGCAGUCGUCCCCCGACGAUAGUCGUCAAUUCUUCAAGACUGGAGAUUUGGUGCGCUACCAAAGCGAUGGUACCAUGGAGUAUCUGGGUCGACGGGAUACUCAGGUCAAAAUCCGCGGCUUCCGCGUGGAGCUUGGGGAGAUCGAGUACAACAUCAAGCGUGCUCUGCCCCAGGUUUCAUAUGCGGCUGUUGACGUCGUCCGCCGCGAUUCCCGCGAAACUCUCCUCGCUUUCGUCAGCUUUGAUGGAGAGACAACACCGACGACUGACAGCAAGGAUCUCUCAGAGUGGCUUCUACCUAUGGAUGACACUUUGAGGAAGUCUCUGAGUACUCUCACAGACGAUCUGAAGCGAGUCCUCCCGGGAUACAUGGUACCCAGUCUAUUCCUGCCUCUCCAAGCCCUGCCAUUUGGCAACACCCUCAAGCUCGACCGGAAGCGGCUGCGCAACCUUGCCAAUACACUGCCACAAGAUCGCCUCGCCGCCUUUAUGCUAAGCAGCGAGGAGAAGGUCGAGCCUACAACUGAGAUGGAGUUCAAGCUCCGGGAGAUCUGGGCCCAGAUCCUUCACAUCGACGCCGGCCAAAUUGGCAAGAAUGAUAGCUUCUUGCAGAUCGGCGGUGACUCCAUCACGGCUAUCCAGCUGGUUUCGCUCGCGCAGAAACAGGACAUUAGUCUCACUAUCGCUAAGAUCUUCGAAGACUCUCGUCUUAGCGUCAUGGCUGCUACAGCUGGCGAUUCCAGCGAACAGGCAUAUGAAGUGACACCAUUCAGUUUGCUUCCAAGCGAGGACGUUGAUAUCACCAUGUCAGACAUCCAACAGCAGUGUGGACUCGUCGUCGAGCAACAGAUUGAAGAUGCAUAUCCCACUACAACUCUUCAAGAAGGUCUUAUUGCUCUGGCCGUCAAGCAGCCAGGAUCAUACAUUGCCAAAUACGCAUAUGCCCUUCCUGAAAGCAUUGAUAUCACUCGAUUCAAGGCUGCAUGGGAGCGAACCCUGGAUCUCUGCGACAAUCUGCGCACUCGAAUUGUCCUUCGAAACGGUGCUUCUAUUCAGGCUGUCAUCCGCGAACCGGCGAUCUGGGAGUCUACUGACGGCCUGAACCUACGCUCCGUCAUGGAUGGCCUCAAGAAUAUCGAAAUGCAGUACGGCUCACGACUUUGCCGUUAUGCUCUUGUCACCGAGCCGAGCGGGCAAUGCCACUUCGUCUUGACGGUUCACCAUGCUGUUUUUGACGGUUGGAGCUUGAACAUCGUCUUGGACACACUUGUCAAGGCGUACCGAGGCGAUUCCAUACUCGCUAUGCAGCCUUACUCAACCUUCAUUAAUUACACAAUGAAGCUUGACGAGGCCAAGGCAGCGGAAUAUUGGACGGCUCAGCUCAACGGCGCCCAACCCCCAUCGUUCCCAAGGACCGAUAUGUCGAGCAACCAUGCCAGUGUCACUCGGGUCAUGCGAUCGGCAAUUCCAUUCCCCAAGAUAGCCGACACGUCUAUUACAAAGGCUAGCAUCCUUCGAGCUGCUUGGGCUCUGGUUAUGGCCCGCUAUGGAGACAGCGAGGACGUUUGUUUCGGUACAACUGUAUCUGGUCGCCACGCGCCUGUGGCCGGUAUUGACAGAACUGCGGGACCGGCUGUGGCAACCGUUCCCAUCCGUGUGCGCGUCGAUAAGGACAAGACUGUGUCCAGUCUCUUCAAGGAGAUCCAGCAACAGGCGACUGAGAUGAUCCAGUAUGAGCAGUUUGGUCUACGCAACAUCUCCAAGCUUGGCCCCGAUGCCAAGGCCGCUUGCGAGUUCUCCAGCCUGAUGGUCGUCCAGCCUGUUCUGCAUGGCCAGGCUGACAGCAACGCCGGAACCGAAGAAGUGGUUCUUCUCCCGGCUGACUCUGAUGCCUACGGGCAGCAAGACGCCCUGGCUGGAUACUUCACGUACCCGUUGAUUGUGGAGGCUUUGACCCAUGAGGACCGAGUGGAGCUCGUCUUCACCUACGACUCUGUCCUUCUUCCCGAGAUUCAGCUCGAGGCUCUGUCACAUCACUUGGCUCACGUCGUCUCACAACUCCUGACAUCAAACGCCUCUUUGGGCCAAAUCUCACUCACCAGCGAUUGGGAUGUCCAGCAAGUCGCAAGGUGGAGUGCGGCCAAGGCUACCAAGACACUCUCUGAUUGCGCCCACGAGAUGAUCUCGCGCCAGGCCCUCCAAAACCCCUCUCGCGAGGCCAUUUACUCUUCCGAGGGCAGCUUGACCUACGCGGAGCUGGAAAUGGUGUCCACACAACUUGCUAUGUACCUUGUUCAGCUCGGACUCACGCCGGAAAUGGUUGUUCCCAUCUGCUUCGAAAAGUCCAUGUGGGCGAUGGUUGCACAGCUCGCAAUUAUGAAGGCUGGCGGCGCGUUCCUGCCUCUCGACCCGUCGCACCCCAUUACUCGACGCGAGUCUCUUAGCAAAGAGGUGGGAGCCAAGUUCGUUCUUGUCUCACCUCAAACCGCCGAGCCGUUCUCGGGACUAGCGGAAAACAUCGUCUCUGUUUCAGCAUCGUUCAUCUCCGGACUGCCCAAGUCGCCCUAUCGCAUCAAGCAAUUCAAGUCCAGAGCUACUCCCGAGAACGCCGCCUACGUGUUCUUCACUUCUGGAUCUACCGGCAAGCCCAAGGGUGUGGUUAUCGAGCAUGCCGCUCUUUGUUCUAGCAUCAUUGGGCACGGUAGAGCAUAUGGCUUUGGUCCCGAGUCUCGAGUACUGCAGUUCUCCAACUACGUGUUCGAUGGAAGCAUUUGCGAAAUUUUUACACCGCUAGCCUUCGGAGGCACCGUGUGUAUUCCUUCCGAGACCGAGCGAUUGGAGAAUGUUUCCCAGUUCAUCAACAAUGGCAAUGUUACUGUUGCUAUGCUCACUCCCUCGUUCGCCAGAACCCUCAACCCGCAGGAUGUGCCUACCCUAGACACUAUGGUUCUUGGCGGAGAGGCCCUGGCAAGGGAUAACCUCGACGCCUGGUUUGGACGUGUCAAACUCAUCAACGCUUAUGGUCCUACUGAGAUUUGUGUUGUUUGCUGUUCGCACAUCUUCAAAUCCAGCAAAGAGUCACCUACAACAAUUGGUCGUAGCCAGAACGCUCUGUGCUGGAUCGUCGAUGCAAAUGAUCAUCGCCAGCUGGCUCCAAUUGGCUGCGCGGGUGAGCUUGUUGUCCAAGGUCCAACUCUGGCUCGCGGUUACUUCAAUGAUCCGACAAGGACCGAGGCCUCGUUCAUCGAAGGUGUCAAUCUGAUGCCGGCAGUUUCGGCUACCGAGAAGCCCAGGUUUUACAAGACCGGGGAUCUCGUCAAGUACAACUUCGAUGGUACCAUCGAGUACAUCGGCAGAAAGGACACCCAGGUUAAAAUCCGCGGCCUGCGUAUUGAAUUGGGAGAGGUCGAGUACCAAGUGGGCGUUUCUCUCAAGGGUAUCAAGCAGGUUGUCGUCGACGUCUUCAAGUCCGAUGGCGGCUCCAACCUCAUUGCCUAUUUCAGCUUCAACGAGAACGAACCGACCGCCAAUGCGGCAGCCGUUACUGACGACGUCUUCCUGAAAAUGACGACGGCACUAGAAAGACAGAUCACCGUCAUGGCCAGCUUCCUGAGCUCAGUGCUGCCGCGGUACAUGGUUCCGACCCUGUUCAUCCCCUGCAGUUUUAUCCCAUCAUCUUCUUCAGCCAAGUUGGACAGGAAAGCACUUCGCACCAUGACAACUGCACUUGAUCGGGAGUCGCUAUCACGCUACGCACUCGUUCGCGCCAAGAAAGAGGCCGUCGAGACGCCAAUGGAAGCCCGCCUGCAAAAGAUGUGGGCCGAGGUCCUCUACAUCGCCGUGGAUUCUAUUGGCAGGCAUGAUAGCUUCAUGGGACUCGGUGGUGAUUCCAUCACGGCCAUCCAAUUGGUUACCAUCGCCCGUGAUCUGGGCUUGGUAGUCACAGUGAGUGAUAUCUUCGCCGAUCCCCGUCUCUCAGCCAUUGCCGCCAAAAUGGGCCAGGGUGAGGGUGAGGAGGAACUGUCGUACGAGACCAAGCCCUUCAGCAUGGUGAUGCGCGACGAGGUCGACGCUGUGAAGUCUACAAUCCGGGAAGAAUGCAGCUUGUCGAGCGAGAUUCUCAUUGAGGAUGCUUAUCCUUGCUCGGGCUUCCAAGAAGGUCUGAUGGCCCUAGCCGUUAAGCAGCCUGGCUCCUACAUCGCCAAGAAUGUCUAUCGCCUCCCUGAUGACAUCGAUCUGCCUCGAUUCAAGGCUGCGUGGGAGAAGACCGUCGAGCUAUGCGACAACCUACGAACCAGAAUUGUGGUUCACAAUGGAAAGUCAUUCCAGGCCAUCAUCAAGGAAAGGGCUUCAUGGGAGCCUACCAAUGGCUUAAGCCUGCGCGCUUUUAUGACUACUAUGAAAGCUAUGGAUAUGCAAUACGGCUUGCCGCUCUGCCGUUCUGCUAUCGUCACAGAAGCCAACGGCCAAAAUCACUUUGCUUUGAUCAUCCACCACGCUGUCUUUGAUGGCUGGAGCUUGAAUGUCGCGUUUGGCAUUCUCUAUAGCAUCUAUCGAAAAGAGCCGGUCUCAGCCCUACCGACCUAUUCCAGCUUCAUCAACUACACAAUGCAGCUAGACCAGACCGCGGCAAACACUUACUGGAAGUCCCAGCUGGACGGCGCGCAACGAGCUACAUUCCCACGGACCGACCUGAACUCCAGGUCGCAGAUUGAGACGCGUAUCAUGAAAACGAAGAUCAACUUUUCCAAGAUCCCAGAUACUUCAGUCACAAAGGCCACUAUCUUGCGGGCGGCAUGGGCUAUCGUUCUCGCUCAAUACUGCGACACUGAUGACAUCUGCUUCGGCACGACUGUGUCUGGCCGUCAAGCGUCCGUACCCGGUAUCGAGAAGAUGGCCGGACCGGCUGUAGCUACAGUUCCGAUCCGGGUUCGCAUUGACCGUCAACACGGCAUUUCGACCUUCCUGCAGGCUGUACAGCAGCAAGCCUCAGACAUGGUUGCAUAUGAACAGUAUGGUCUUCGCAACAUCUCCAAGCUAAGCCCCGAAGCUAGGGAAGCUUGUGAGUUCUCAACUCUUCUCGUCAUCCAACCUGUCCAACAUGUUGCGGACGAGGGCAGCGACGCACUCUUGUUGUCCACUGAGCAAGCGAUGUACACGGACGAGGAGGCAGCGGAAGGCUACUUCACGUAUCCGUUGGUCAUGCAGGGCUUCACCUACGACGACCAAGUUGAGCUGGUACUUACUUACAACCCCGCUGUUGUAUCUGAGGAUCAGCUCGUCAGCCUGACUCACCACUACGACAAUGUUGUUCAACAGUUGCUUGAGGAGACCGACGCACCGUUGAACACUGUGCAGAUGGCUAGUGACUGGGACUUGGCUAAGGCGAUCGACUAUAACGACGACGAGCCCGAGAUCAUCCGCUCAUGCGUUCAUACGCUGGUCGAAGCACACGCCCGAAGCCGACCUGAUGCGCUUGCUAUCGCUGCUUGGGAUGGCGAGUUGACAUACUCGGAACUAAACAGCUCUGCUAACAGGCUGGCUACCUACCUGAUCAGGACUGCCGGCGUUCAAGUCGGUGAUCUUAUUCACGUCUGUUUCGAAAAGUCCGUAUGGUUUUUUGUUUCCAUCUUGGCUAUCAACAAGGCCGGAGCAGCUUGGGUGCCCCUAGAUCCCUCGCAUCCAGAAGAACGCCAGAAACAGAUUGUGCGACAGACCGGCUCCCGCCUAUUGCUAGCAUCCUCCACUACCUCUACGCAGUGUGCUAGCCUUCUCCUAAACACGGUGGAGGUUACACCAGCUCUCGAUGCAUACCUGGUCGGCGCCAUGGGGCCUAAUGCACCAAUGAUCAAUCGCAAUGUAUCCCCCAGUGAGGCUGCCUACGUCUUAUUCACCUCCGGCAGUACGGGUACGCCUAAGGGACUCGUGAUGCAACAUGGAGCUGUAUGCACAAGCCAGACCGCGAUUGGCAGGCGCCUCGGAUUGACCGCAUCCGUUAGGAUACUGCAAUUCGCAUCCUUCGUCUUUGAUCUCUGUAUCGGUGAGAUCAUAGCGCCGCUGAUCUGCGGAGCUACCAUCUGCGUUCCAUCUGAAGAGGUUCGUAUGAAUGGUAUCAAGGAGUUCAUCAAUUCCAUGAAGGUUACCUGGGCCUUCCUUACCCCGUCUUUUGCUCGGACUUUGACGCCAUCAGACGUCCCAGGACUGGACCUUCUGCUGCUUACUGGCGAGGCUGUUGGUCGAGAUGUCUUUGAGACUUGGGUCACGCACUUACGACUAGUGACCGGAUGGGGACCGGCUGAGACGUGUGUGUUCAGCACCCUUCAUGAAUGGACUUCACCAGAGGAAUCGCCGCAAACCGUGGGACGAUCUGUGGGCGGUUUCUGCUGGAUCGUGCAUCCAGAUGAUCCGCAAAAGCUGGCCCCGAUCGGCUGCGUUGGUGAAGUUGUCAUUCAAGGCCCAACGAUCCUUCGCGAGUAUCUAGCAGACCCUGCAAGGACCGCCAUGUCAACUGUUACCUCGCUCCCCAGCUGGGCGCCAAAUCGGUCCUCGCCUUACUAUGGACGCUUCUUCAAGUCCGGCGAUCUCUGCUACUACAACCCUGACGGCACCAUCGAAUUCAUCAGUCGCAAAGAUACACAGGUCAAGAUUCGCGGCCUUCGGGUUGAACUCAGUGGCGUUGAGCACCAUUUGCGGGCAGUCCUACAUGGCGUGCGGCAAGUUGUUGUCGAGCUCUUCAAGGGAGAUGCCGGCACACACCUCGUCGCAUACUAUUGCUUCAACGACACCACACGCAGUAGUAGCGGCAUCGAUGACAGCAUAUUCAUCCCUCUCACUGCCGACCUCAAGAGCCAGAUUAAUGCUGCUAUCACUCAAUUGGGCAUCACAUUACCAGGCUACAUGGUGCCAACAAUGUUCUUCCCCUGCCACUACAUGCCCUCUAUUACCUCUACCAAGCUGGAUCGUGGCGGCCUAAAGCGCCUCACAGCUGGCCUUAGUCGGGAGGUUUUGGCUAAAUACGCCCUUACUGACGACGAGAAGCGAGCGCCCGAGACACCUAUGGAGCUUCGCCUUCAACAGCUGUGGUCGACUGUUCUAAAUAUCCCUACCGAGUCUAUCGGUCGCGAUGACAGUUUCUUGCGCAUCGGCGGUGACUCUAUUUCUGCUAUUCAAUUGGUUACAGUUGCACGAGAAGCCGGCCUAAUGCUGACAGUCAAUGACAUUUUCCACGAUCCUCGACUCUUGGCUAUCGCUACCAAGAUUGUUGAGACAGAUGAUGCCCCGUCGUACAACACAGAGCCAUUCGGCCUGUUGCCAAAUGGAGAACUCGAUGCUAUCAAGUCAGACAUUCUUGUCCAGUGUGAGGAUCUGUCGGAUGACUAUGGCAUUGAAGACGCUUACCCCUGCACUGGUCUCCAGGAAGGACUUAUGGCUCUGGCCGUCAAGCAACCUGGAUCCUACAUCGCCAAAUACGUCUACUGUCUACCUGAUGGCGUGGACACAUCUCUGUUCCAACAAGCUUGGGCCCAAACGAUUGAGCUGUGUACCAACCUUCGCACCCGGAUUGUGACCCGCAAUGGUAUGUCAUUGCAGGCUGUUCUCCACGAGAAGACCACCUGGGAAGACACCGAUCACCUCGACUUGCACGCCAUGAUGAAUUCAACAAAGACCAUCAAGAUGCAGUAUGGUUCUCGACUGUGCCGGUACGCGCUUGUUACAGAAAACUCUGGACAACGCUACUUUGUACUCAUUGUCCAUCAUGCUGUGUUUGACGGUUGGAGUAUGAAUGUGGCUCUUAGCAUAUUCUACAGUCUCUACCGAGGUCAAUCGGUGCCUAAGCUGCAGCCCUACUCAGACUUCAUCAACUACACUUCGCAGCUUGACAAUACAGCUGCCGCCGACUAUUGGAAGGAUCAGCUUGAAGGCGCUCAACGCGCUACCUUCCCGAAGAUGGACGUCAUGGACACUAAGCCGGCCAGCGAGAUCCUCAAGACAACAGUCCAGUUUCCCAACACGACAAACACAUCCAUCACCAAGGCCACCAUCAUCCGCGCCGCUUGGGCUAUGGUCCUCGCUCGAUACAGUGAGACCGAUGAUAUUUGCUUUGCAACAACUGUCUCUGGUCGCCACGCGCCAGUGGCUGGUGUUGAGAGAAUGGUUGGACCGGCUGUCGCGACUGUUCCGGUCAGAGUGCGCCUCGAUCAGCAGCAGGGAGUCUUGGGAUUCCUGGAAGAUGUGCAGCAGCAAGCUUCGGCUAUGGUUGCAUAUGAACAAUUCGGCCUGCGCAACAUCUCGAAAUUGAGUCCAAGUGCCAAGGAGGCUUGUGAGCUCUCUAGCUUGCUAGUCAUCCAGCCAACUCUUGCCACCACGGACGACUCCAACGACGCCAUCCUCGUUUCGGCAGGACCGGAAGACUUCGAGGAAGAAGAGGCUCUGGAAGGUUACUUUACCUAUCCUCUUGUUCUUCAGUGCAUGACGCAUGAUGAUCACAUUACGAUGUCGUUCAUCUACAACUCUGCAGUGAUUCCGGAAUCCCAGCUUCACGCACUUUCCCAGCAUUUGGACAGUGCUAUUCAACAGCUGCUAGCGCAGAACGAUACUCUUCUGUCUGCGGUAUCAUUGGCAGGCAAGUGGGAUCUUGAGCAAGCAGUGCAAUGGAACACAGCAGAUGCCACACCGGUAAAUGCUUGCGUCCACAACCUCAUCUCAGACCGCGCCAGACGGACCCCAGAGCAUGAGGCUAUCAUUUCCUCUGAAGGCAGCCUCACAUAUGCUCAGCUAGACCAUGUGUCUACCAUAUUCGCCAACUACCUGUUGCAGCUCGGUGUGACAGUAGGCACGAUGGUGCCAUUCUGCUUUGAGAAGUCCCACUGGACUAUUAUCGCAAUGAUCGCUAUUAUGAAGUCUGGUGGCGUUUUCAUUCCUAUCGACCCAUCACACCCAGCAGACCGACGCCAGGCAAUUGUCGAUGAGGCUGGGGCCCGUUUUAUGGUUGUUUCGCCAUCAACAAAGGACGCUUGCGAGGGCAUGGUUGAACACGUCAUCGAACUACGUGGUUCCCUUCUUGUUCGUCUUGCCAAGGCAACUCCCCGCCCCGAAUCAGUCGUCAAGCCGACUCCAUCCGACGCUGCCUACAUCAUCUUCACCUCAGGAUCUACUGGCAAGCCUAAGUCAUUCCUUGUGGACCACGCUGCCCUAAGCACCACCACUGUGGGCCAUGGAAGGGCCUAUAACCUCAACAAGACCUCUCGGGUAUUGCAAUUCUCUAGCUACGUCUUUGACGUCAGCUUGAGUGAGAUUCUUGAAACCCUCACCUUUGGCGGUACGGUCUGUAUCCCAUCAGAUGCCGAGCGAUUGGAGAGCAUAACCAGCUUUAUUAAGCAAACGGGCGUCAACACAGCACUUUUGACAUCAACGUUCUUACGAACCUUGACCCCCGCGGACGUUCCGUCACUCGAGCUUCUAAUCCUCGUGGGUGAAGCUCCAGCUAAGGAUAUCCUUGAUACCUGGCACAAACAUGUGACGGUCGCCAACGCAUACGGCCCGUCCGAGAUUUCUGUCUUCUGCACUUCGCAUGUUUACAAGUCGGCCGAUGAGCCUCCCAUGACAAUCGGUCGCGGCUUUGGCUGCGCCUGUUGGGUCGUGGAGCCUGACAACCACCAACGCCUCGCCCCCAUCGGAUGUAUCGGAGAGCUUCUGGUGCAGCGACAGAUGGCCCAGGGAUAUCUUAAUGAUCGAGAUCUAACUGAAGCAUCCUUCAUCAAGAGCGUCGAAUGGCUCCCCACACCGUCGGCUACAGAUACCCGACAAUUCUUCAAGACCGGUGACCUGGUCCGAUACCGAUUCGAUGGUACGAUGGAAUACCUAGGCCGACGAGACACCCAAGUCAAGGUCCGCGGUUACCGUAUCGAACUUGGCGAAAUCGAGUACAACAUCAAGCACGCUCUGCCUGAAGUCGAGUACGCUGCGGUUGAUGUCAUCCGCCGCGACUCUCGCGAGAUGUUGAUUGCAUUUUUCAGCUUCGGCGACGAGACCAUUAGCCCGAAGACAGACAUAUCGGAGUGGCUCCUGACGAUGGACGACACGUUGAAGGAGUCUGUCAGCACCCUCGCAGACGAGUUGAAGCGAGUCUUGCCAAGCUACAUGGUGCCUAAUCUCUUCAUCCCAAUGAAGGCUAUGCCGUUCGGAACAUCGUUCAAGCUUGAUCGAAGACGACUACGCAACUUCGCCAACCAACUCCCUCAAGAAACCCUGAACACUUACGUGAUGGGCAGCGAAGAGAAGGUGGAGCCAACCACCGAAAUGGAGUUCAAGCUCCGCGAAUUGUGGGCACAGGUGCUCAAGAUGUCGCCGGACCAGAUUGGCAAGAAUGACAGCUUCCUCCAGAUCGGUGGUGAUUCCAUCACAGCCAUCCAGCUAGUAUCUCUCGCACAACAACAUGAUAUUAGCUUGACGAUCGCCAAGAUUUUCGAGAAUUCGCGACUCAGUCACAUGGCCACUAUCGCAGUCAUCGCAGAUCCAGGCAUGUCUGACGAGACGAAGCCCUUCAGCCUCCUUCCCAGCAACGACGUUGACUCGAUCAAGGAGAAUAUUCGAGACACCUGUCUUCUUUCCAGUGGACAGGAAAUUCAAGAUAUCUACCCUACCACGAGCAUUCAGGAAGGCCUCAUGGCUCUAACAGUCAAGCAACCGGGCUCAUACAUUGCUAAGAAUGUGUACCGUUUACCCAGCAAUAUCGACAUCGCCCGCUUCAAGGCAGCAUGGGAGCAUACUGUUGAAGUCUGUGACAGCCUUCGUACCAGAAUCACGAUUCGCGAUGGAGUCUCUCUCCAGAGCAUCGUCCGGGAGGCCCCAGAUUGGGAGCCUACCAAUGGCCUUACUCUUGAUACUGUCCUGAGCAAUCUGAGCAAGAUCAACAUGCAGCAUGGAUCGCGACUAUGCCGUUAUGCCAUUGUCAACGAAGAUGGCAAGCAGUACUUCAUUAUGAUGAUCCACCACUCCAUCUUUGAUGGCUGGAGUUUGAACGUCAUUCUCAGUGCGCUGUACCAAUUCUACGAGGGUCAGCCCGUUCAGGCAUUGCAGCCAUACUCUGGCUUCAUCAAGUACACCACGCAGCUCGACAAGGUAGCAGCGACUGCUUAUUGGAAGGAUCAGCUAGAGGGUGCCCAGCGCGCCAUGUUCCCGCACACUGAGCUGACAACUAGCUCCAAGCCCAUCAGUCGCAUCGCGAAGAUGACUAUUCCAUUCCCCAAGACCAAGGAGAAUGCAAUUACGCAGGCAACUAUUCUUCGCGCCGCGUGGGCGACGGUGCUUGCGCGAUACUCGAGUACUGAUGAUAUCUGCUUCGGUACUACAGUAUCUGGCCGACAGGCAUCAGUGAUGGGUCUCGGAAUGAUGGCCGGACCCGCAGUGGCGACUGUCCCAGUCAGAGUCCGUCUUGAUCACCAGAAGGGUGUUUCCAGCUUCUUGCAGGACAUCCAACGACAAGCUUCUGAGAUGAUUGCAUACGAGCAAUUCGGUCUGAGGAACAUCUCCGCCGUUAGCAAGGAAGCCAAGGAAGCGUGUGACUUUUCGAGCCUUCUCGUCAUCCAGCCUGUCCAGAAGGUCAUCUCCAUCGGCGAGGGCAACGAACCUAUCCUCACUCCUGCAAAUGUCGGAGACCAAGGCGCAGACGCCUACUUCAGCUACCCUCUUGUUCUCAUGUGUCUCACAUAUGACGACCACAUCGAGCUUGAGUUUACCUAUCACAGCAAUGUUGUGAGCGAGGCACGACUUCAAGCAAUGUCGCACCAUUUCGACAAUGCUGUGCAUCAGCUUUGCCGAGGAGGCAAGACCCCGAUGGAUACAGUUUCCAUCGCUGGAUCCUGGGAUGUGCAAACUGCACUGGAGUGGAACAACAGUGAUCUGAAAGUUGUCGACUCCUGUAUCCACCAGCUCAUUGAGAAGCAAGCGCACCUUCAGCCUGAUAACCUCUCCGUCGACGCGUGGGACGGACAGCUUACGUAUAAGGAGCUGGACCAGGCAGCAAACAGAUUUGCUCACCUGUUGGUCGUCGACUAUGGGGUCCAGCCUGGUGACCUUAUUCCAGUCUGCUUCGAGAAGUCUGUCUGGUUUACUGUUGCCAUUCUGGGCAUCAACAAGGCUGGCGCUGCUUGGGUGCCCAUUGACCCCUCGCACCCACAGCUUCGCCAUCAGCAAGUUGUCCAGCAAACAGGUGCGAAUAUCGCGGUGGCAUCCGUCACCAGUGCUGACAUUUGUCAUGACUUGGUGCCACAUGUGAUCGCCUUGUGUGAAGCAUUGGAUACCAGGCUUACAAGGCGAUCCAAGGAAUGGAGCAUGCGUCCCCCGACAGUCAACAUCACACCUUCAAGCGCGGCUUACGUCCUCUUCACUUCCGGUACAACCGGUAUCCCGAAGGGUGUUGUGAUGCAGCACCGAUCUGUCUGCACCAGUCAGAUUGCUAUUGCCAGAAGACUGAACAUUACACCCGAUGUAAGGCUCCUACAAUUCUCCGCCUACGUCUUCGAUGUUUCAGUCGGUGAGAUCAUCGGCGCCUUGGUCUCUGGAGCUUGUGUUUGUGUUCCUUCAGAGCAUGACCGCAUGAACGGCCUGAGACAGUUCAUCAACAACAUGGACGUCACCUGGGCUUAUCUGACUCCCACUUUCGCUCGCACACUCAAGCCUGCGGAUUUGCCUAGUCUGAAGCUCUUGCUUCUGGCCGGCGAGGCUGUUAGCAAAGACGUAUUCGAGAUGUGGUUUGGCAAGGUACGCCUCGUCAACGGAUGGGGCCCUGCAGAGACCUGUGUCUUCAGCGCCAUGCACGAGUGGAAAUCAAUUCGCCAAUCUCCUCUUACAAUCGGACAACCCGUCGGUGGCCUCUGCUGGAUAGUUGAUCCACAAGACCCUCAGAAGCUGGCGCCUCUUGGAUGCAUCGGCGAAGUUGUCGUCCAAGGCCCGACCCUACUCCGCGAAUACCUGUCAGAUCCAGCUCAAACUGAAGGCGCUACAGUCACUACCCUGCCCGACUGGGCACCAAAUCGCACUUCUGCCAACUGGAGUCGAUUCUACAAGACGGGUGACCUCGGCUUCUACAACAUGGACGGCACAGUCGAAUAUGUUGGCCGCAAGGACACCCAGAUCAAGAUCCGCGGUCUACGCGUUGAGCUAGGAGCUGUCGAGCAACAGAUUCGCGACACUCUGACGGGUGUCAGGGACGUAGCCGUGGACGUGCUCAAGACCAACACUGGCUCUAAUCUCAUUGCCUACCUGUCGUUCAGUCAGUCCAAGGGAGCCGGCCAGAGCUUCACCGAAGACACACUCCUACCGCUGACGUCCGACUUGGAAAGCCAGAUCACCAGCAUGCUCGGGAAGCUCCGGGUAUCUUUGCCUCGAUACAUGAUCCCGGCGCUCUUCAUCCCUUGCAGCUAUCUACCGGUUAUUACAUCCGGUAAGCUGGAUCGAAAGGGGCUUCGCAACUUGACGGCAUCGCUCGGUGCAGAUAAGUUGGCCAAAUACGCCCUUGUCGGCGGCAAGAAACGAGCCCCGAAGACCACCAUGGAAAUCCAUCUGCGGGCGAUUUGGUCCCAGGUCCUGAACAUUCCUCUUGAAUCCAUCGGACGGGAUGACAGCUUUAUGGUGCUUGGCGGCGACUCGAUUACUGCCAUUCAAUUCGUCACCACCCUGCGUGACCAGGGCAUGGUGAUCACCGUCAACGACAUCUUCACCGAUCCUCGACUCUCGGCUGUCGCUACCAAGAUCAUCGACGCCGAGAAUGAACUGGAUUACACGGCUGCGCCGUUCAGUAUCCUGCCGAGCAACGAGGUUGACAUGGUUAAGGCUGCUAUCCGGGAUCAGUGCGACCUUUCGAGCGAGCAAGAAAUUGAGGAUGCCUAUCCCUGCACAGGACUUCAAGAAGGUCUCAUGGCCUUGGCUGUCAAGCAACCGGGCUCGUACGUCGCCAAAUACGUGUACCGCCUGCCUCGACACAUUAACCCAUCUCGCUUCAAGAGUGCAUGGGAUAGAACAGUCCAACUAUGUCCCAUCCUACGUACGAGGAUCGUGACUGUGGAUGGUGCCUCGAUCCAAGCCGUCAUCCCCGAAAACGCCAAGUGGGAGGAUACUGACGGCAUGGAUCUUCGCUCUGUCAUGAACUUGGCAAAGACCAUGGAGAUGGAUUACGGCUCCCGACUCAGCCGCUACGCAUUCGUAACCGACGAUAAGACCAACGAGCAGUACUUUGCGCUCAUCAUUCAUCAUACAGUCUUCGACGGCUGGAGCUUAAACGUCCUGCUCGGUACGCUCAUUAGCUUCUAUCGCGGCGAGGCUCCUCCGUCCCUGCAACCGUACUCGAGCUUCGUCAACUAUACCGCCCAGCUCGACCCGGCCAUCGCAGCCGCUUACUGGACGCAACAGCUGGAAGGGGCUCAGCGAGCCACAUUCCCCCGAGCCAUCACUUCGCCCGGCUACAAGCCAGUCAGCCGAAUCAUGAAGACGUCUAUGCCUUUCCCUAUGCUGAUGGACAACUCGAUCACAAAGGCAACUAUCCUCCGUGCGGCAUGGGCUGUGGUCCUCGCACGAUACUGUGACACUAAGGACGUGUGUUUCGGCACAUCAGUAUCUGGCCGCCAAGCUCCCAUUGCUGGAAUCAACUUGAUGGCUGGUCCUGCUGUGGCCACUGUUCCUGUGCGUGUCCGUCUCGAUAGCCAGAAGGGCGUUUCCAGCUUCCUCAGAGACAUACAACAGCAAGCUGUGGAAAUGGUCCCUCACGAACAGUUCGGUCUUCGCAACAUCUCAAAGCUCAGCAUAAAUGCCAAGGAGGCAUGCGAUUUCUCCAGCUUAAUGGUCAUCCAGCCCAUGCAACAACUGGCUGCAUCAGCGGAAGACCCAGACGCCGUCCUGCUCGCUACUGACCCUGAGGCAUACGGCGUAGAAGAGGCCACGGAGGGCUAUUUCAGCUACCCCCUCGUCCUCCAGUGCCUCGUCUAUGACGAAAAGGUCGACCUCGUCAUGUCUUAUGACUCUGGCGUUCUCAACGAAACCCAGCUUCGUGGUGUCGCUCAACAUCUCACCCAAGCGAUCCAACAGCUGCUGAAGAGGCGGGUCAAGUCUGCCAAGUCUUUGAGCCACAAGUCAUCCUCGAGAUCUCUGAGCCACAAGUCAUCUUCAAAGUCGUUGAAGCACAAGUCAUCCUCUAAAUCACUGGCUCGCAAGGCGUCCUCUCAAGCUUUGCCUCCCCUUCCCGGUGGUGCGUAAACGCGAAACAUUGGGAGGCGCCGCAGCAAAUGUCAACUUUUCCUUUCUAAUUUCGCAUUUUCUUUCUUAAGUCAAUCGUGUCAUCAAAAGCGACACACGAGCGAUUUUCUUGUAUUCUUUUUUAUAUUUUGCAUUCUCACAUCCUUCAUUCCUUGGAUCUCAAGUUGCGCUUCAUAGCACGGAGCCAUUUUGUUUCAUUUCCUCUACUCUUACAUGGAGGCUAUCCUUCCAUCUAGUCUGAUACAUAGCUUAGCC